CGACAUGCGAACGAAAGGUCGACGAGGGUCGGCGAAAGAAGUACGAUAAGCACGGUGAAAGCAAGAAAAACAAAGUCUUCAUAGAAAAUAGACAAUAAUUUGCCUUUUCUUGUUAACUGGUGUUUUCAAUGACAUCACGAGUUUAAAAAGAACCCUGUGUUGUCGGGGAAUUGCGCGAAAGAGAAGGCCAUGAACCUUGAACUGCUUCGUAAGUACAUUUUGCAGUUUUAUAUGUCGCUUAUGAAAGGACGGUCCUUUGUUUACAACUGAGUUUGCUGGCUGCUAAAUAGCAAAAUGGUUACCUUGUGAAUUUAUAGUUAAAUCUAUUGUUCAUGUAAAUAUACCAGUAAGUUGAGUUAUCAAGUUAAGUCCGUUGUGUAUUGGCGGGAAUCUUUAAAUUCGGUUCACACUUCUUUAAAGACCUACACGAUGCUAAGGAAUUGGGAUAACACACAUAUGCAGGGUUGUCAAAAGUAGCCGGCUGCCGCUGAAAAUCGCCGCCUACUUGGUUAGUAGCGGCCGGCUACUCUGCUUGGCAUUUCUUUGCAAGUGGCGUUUAUCAAAUAAAAUAUCCCUAGACUGGCCGCUUACUUUGACAACGCAGCCGUCAACUUCAAAACCUUCUGACAACUUUGCAUAAGACUUAAGCUUAAGUACACAAAUGAACUUAAUUCUGUUAAAAUAAUUGUUUUUAAUUGCUCAUUAUUAACUGCAGAAUUUACAGUCUAACCUCCCAUAAGCAACCACCCACAAUGCAAAUAUUUUGCGGUAUCCCUUCACCAUGCCACCAGGUUGAAGGUUCACGUGACAAUACCAUCCAACUUCCAAAAGAAAGGCUGUUGGAUUUUAAACAAAUCACACCUCUCGAGCAAUGCCAAUAAAAAGUCACUUGGAAAGUGAAUUUGUGCUUCCUCAAACCAUUCGCACUUCAAAAGAAAAAGUGAAAAGUACUUUGUGUCUCUCUAAUUUCUAUUAUAUUACUGCUUACUUUUUUUCAAUAAUUUUCUGGAGAAUCCUAGCAAAUAAGAUAAGCAUUUACUAAUGCUUCUCACUUCUUACAUUUUGAUGUUGGUGUCUUUCCACAUUUCAGAGUCUUUUGGACAGAGCUAUCCCGAGGUGAGAUUAGCACUUUCCUGCAUGUUAUUACAAUAAUGGUGUUAACCUUUAAGCCCCAAUAUCCACAUACAAAUUCUCCAAACUGAUCUCUAUACAUUUUCUUAAAGAAUAAGUUGAGAGAAUUUGACAAUAGAUCAAGGCAUUUUCUCUUGUGUGAUCAUUUUAUUAAUUCUCAUAACUUAUCUCUUGACAGUGUAUGGAUAUUGUUUGGAGAAAUUUGAUCUUGGUCACUGUUGGCACUUAAAGGGUUAAUGGUGAUGGUAAUUCAGGUUAAAUACAUGUUUUGUAACAAGCUAUCUGUAAAAGGAUCAAAAUCAAGGUUUUAUGUUCUGUCUUAUCAUCUUUUGAAACCAUUAAGGCAUCUUUGUCAUGUGAUUAAGCUGCUUUUUUACGGAAGAAGGAGAUGGUCAUUUGACAGAGUUUGCUGAUAGAUUCCUGGCAGAUUGUAUUAACCACAAUCCACUAUAAGAAUUUAGCAGAGUAAAAUUUGAGGUGUUGCACUAAAACUUUGUUCAACAUAUUUUGUAGACAGCUAUCAUCUCGGGUUAAAAUUUUUUAACCUACAUGUACAAUUGAUGACAAAAUUAGUUGAGACACUUUACCCUUAAGGGGCUUUCUGAUGUGUUACUGACUUCAAAAGGGGAAAAUAUAGCUUUUCCUCCCCCAUCCCCUCCAUGCAAUGUUUUGUUGCUGUUCCCGUAACCUAUAGAAAACAACAAAAACCCUAACUUUAAAUGGAGGGGAGAGGAAGGGGUGUGGAAAUUUUUUGUUCUUUGAAGUCACCCUAUUUGAGUACAAUGUCUCAACAAUUUUGUCUCCGAUUGUAGCUUCAUUCUCAAUUUCUUUGUCUUCUACAGCUAGGAGACGAAGGAAAUUGAGAAUCAACGUAGGUUACAGUACAAUUUCCACACUGUAGUUAGCCAGUGAGAUGUCUGACUUGUUUGAUACUGGGGCAGUUCUCCCAAGCAAGUUGUCACUCGCAGAUUAGACCGUGCUUCAUACCAUAAAAAACUGCUUAUGAGCGCAGGGUGAACUAAUCACAGUCAAGGAUUUAGGAUUCUGGAAAGCUGAGAAACUUCAAGUCAAGUUCAACUUAAGUUCCACAUACCUGUUUAAUACACUCAAUAGACCUUUUUACCGAUAUGGCGGCCAUAUUGAAUUAAUUCGAUUUAGGGAGUAUUAUAGGAUGCCCAGGGGGCAUGAGCACAUUUAGUUUGUAUUUUCGAGCACUUUUUGGGACAUUUUUUCUUAAAGUUUUCUUAGAAUAACAUUGUAAUGGGAAAAAAGAUCCUUGUGCCGUGUUUGGGUGUAAUAAUGAUCGCCUUUUUCUAAAUUAGUAUUAGAAAUAUGGUCUUUCACUGUAUAUUAUCUCUCUGGAAAAAGGCGAUCAUUAUUACAUCGAAACACGGCACAGGGAUCUUUUUCCCCAUUACAAUCUUAUUCUAAGAAAACUUUAAGAAAAAAUGUCCCGAAAAGCGCUCAAAAAUGCAAACGAAAUGUGCUCGUUUCCCCUGCGCAUCCUAUAAUACUCCUCAAAUCAAAUUAAUUCAAUAUAGCCAUCGUAUCGGUAAAAAGGUCUAUUGCUUUCCAUUUUAUAUCGAGUCACACAUAAAUCAAUGAGCAUUCAUUCACAAGAGACUUAAAAGGAACAUUUCAUAAUUAUAUGAAUGAACUUUUAGUUACAAGUUUAUGCAUAUGAGGAAUACAAGUUACUGUAUAUUGAAUUUCCUUUGUCCUUGAUUUAUAAUAUUUAUGCCACAGAGGGUGGUCAUACAUUUACAGUUCAUUCUAUUUAGGACUGAAACUCUAUUCCUAGAACUCUGAGAGCUUUAGACAGCUUUUCCCAAUUUAAAAGAAGUCUGUUCAAACGAUUAUAUUUUUAAAUACACAGAAAAAGGACUUAGACAUGUAAGUUUUUAACAUAUCUUAUUUCUGCAUCUUAAUUUUCAAUAUAUUCUUCAAUCUGUUUCUACAUCACUUUUAGUACAUUUUUAUGACUUAAGGUUUUGAUAGACAGAAUUAGUGUAAGUAUUAAUAAUUUGUAAUUUUUAUUUUCAUUUCAAAUAAUUAUAUUUUCUAGAAUGCCAUAGGGUUAUCAAAUUGUAAAAAAAUUAAAAUAAAUUAAAUUUUCCUAACUUUGAUACAGUUCUUUAAAAUUCAACUCCAAAAAAAUUUGCAAACAUUUGACGAAUUAAACAAGAUGUAAUAAGCAUGAUUAAGUUUGAGGUAGCGUGAUGUCACUUUUUAAGUGAUGUUUUCGUACCCAUCGCCGUCGUUUUUUGCUUAAACUUCCUAAUAUUUUAUUUCAGGAAUAUGACGGUAGCUUGGAUUCAGUAAGUGUCGCCGUCACAGCGUCAUUCAAUCGAAGAGGUUCUCUUUUAGCUGUGGGUUGCAAUGAUGGUCGAAUUGUCAUCUGGGAUUUUCUAACCAGGGGAAUUGCCAAAAUAAUCAGUGCUCAUGUUCAUCCAGUGACAUCUUUAAGGUAAGAAUACAGCAUUUAUGUUACAGGUUAAACCAGCAGGUUGAUUCUCUGUUUCCUUUGUCUCCUAAGCCUAAUUAUCUGUGAGUUAGGGCUAGGAGACAAAGUAUAUUCAGAAUCAACCUGGGUUGAAAGAUUUUAACUUGAGUUUCAUUCUAACCUGUAACAUAGAUGUCAUAAUAGCGUGCAUAUGUUUGUUAGAAAUGCUUUUUUGGUUUGACAAGUCCAUCAUGCUGUAUGUAAGAUGGGUGCCUAGUCUUUGGGCCUCCACUGUGACUACCUCCAGACAGUGCAUGAACUUCUUCCAUGGCUUUCAAUCCCCACAGCCCAGCUAUGAGCCCCCAUACAAGUCCUCUGCUCAACCGUCGCUCAGAGGAAAAGAAAAAGUGAUUGUAUGGACUGACUGGAUGGAUGAAUGCUCUGCAGAAAAAAAAUGUCACAACUACAGGACUUCAACGUGCUGAAAUAUAUGGUGUACAUGAACAUUAUUACUUUUAAGGGAGUAAAAUUCUAUAAAGUAGAUUCACAUUAUUGGCCAGCUAAACAACAUGAAUUGAAGUGUUGAUCCUGUCGUGAAAUUGUAUUCUCUUCUUUAUGAUUUUAAGCUGGAGUCGAAAUGGUCGUAAGCUGUUAAGUGGUUCUAAUGAUUGGAAUGUGUCAGUGUGGGAUGUCCUUUCUGGAGAGUGUGAUCAGAAAUAUCGUUUUCAGUCACAUGUCACCAAAGUACAGUUCCAUCCAAGAAACAAGUAUGAAAUUUAUUUACAAUAUAUUUAAGUCCAGACUGAAAGUUUCGGACAAAAUAAACCAACACAAUUUGAGUCAAAUGGAUCAGUAACCUCAUUAACAUGAUAAAAAUGUCCUUGUUCAGAGUAAUUAAUUGCGCAGAAAUUUCAAAUAUUGUUUAAUUUAAUCGUUCUCUGUUAGGACGUUUUUCAUGUAAUAUAUCUUUGCCAGCGCUAGGAAUUUGAAAGUGGCAAGUGGAUUUUGCCUCAAUGUCUCAACCUCCCUGUAAUAAAUAGUGCUUGGAAAUGGCUGAGAUUUCGUAAUUGAUCAGGUGUUUGACCCAAUCAGUCGAUCAUCGAUUAGUAUAGGUAAUAGCAUGAUUUGUAUUGAUAUUUGGAAUAAAUACCACGAGUGAUAUUUCAAAAUUGUUAUACAUAAUUUCACAAGCCGUUAGGCGAGUGAAAUUUGAGACAAUUUUGAAAUAUCACGAGUGGUAUUUAUGCCAAAUAUCACGUACAAAUCAUGCUAUUAUUUGUUUAUACUACUACCCACAAAAGGUUUGUAAUUUUCACAUGUGGGUAUUUCAAAUUAAGCUGAAAUACCACUGCCCUAAGCCAAUCAAAUUGAAGAAAUUUCUCAUGUAGUAGUAUAAUAAUGGAAAUAUCUGUUUAUAAGAAUUCUACUUUGGAUUGCCACUCUGCCAUGAUGUUUUAAAACAUGACAAGAGCAUAUAAAAUGCACCAGAAAAGGGAUAUCAGUGUAUUCGACCCUGUUUGCGAUGGAGUUCCAGUAGCCAAGCAGAACUAGGAGGGUUGUGAAGUUAGAUUCUCACCUGGAGUUCAGAGUUUUUCUGUACUUAUAGGUGAUCAAAUUCUCUCUCUUCUUCAGUCAUGAGAUUAUUAAAAGACAGCACUCAAGUCUUAAAUAUGUUUAUUUGCCAACCAAAAAGAAAUAUUUUUCCCACAAUAAUUAAUUGAACAUUAAAUUUUUCAAUAAUCAAUUAUCGUAUUGUUUAAAGAGUUUGAUCAUUGAUCGAUUAUAAGUGAUGAUCAUCACGCCUUUAAUGCAUACACUCCAAAUGUGAAACUUUACCUUCUCAAUUCGAUAAGUGUUUAAUUGUUACUGAUCUGUUCUUGUUGCAGUAAAGUGAUCCUUGUCUGUCCUGGAAAACAUGCACCAGUGCUUGUGAAACUGGAUGGACAACAUCAUUCAUUGCCAAAUGGUGGAGAGGUAACUGAAGAUGAGCAGUUUUAAAAGAAAGGUGUUGGCUAUAGUGUUUUGUGAAAACACAUCAAACUCAAAUUGUUAUUGCUGCACAACAGCUACAGCGACAAGAACAUUAGGGCCUAGUUGUUCAAAGGCCAGUUAGUUCCAACCUGGGAUUAAAAUUUAAUACUGGUUUUUUUUUUCUUUAUUCUUUCUAGAGCAUCCAGUCUUUAAUUUGUUGACAAAAAGAAUUAAACUGAAUGUUCUUUUUGUGCUUUCCUAUCUAAAUGCAAAUUUUACACUAACCCUGGAUUUACCUAACACAGCUUUUCAAGACCAACCUGGUCCAGGAAAACAGAAAGUUUAAAUAGGCAAACGAACAACUCUGAACAUGAAACACAGUUUUUGGUACAUUUCUUUGCUGUCCCUUAAUGAUGACGAAAUGGAAUUUGUUAUUUUUGUGUUUUAUAGAAUAAUAUUAUUAAAACUCGAGACAAUGAUUUUUUUUACUUGCAUACAGAACUCAACUCCUUAAAAAAUCUCUGAAUUUAGAAUAGUUAAAUGAGAUGGAAUAAUAACAAUAAAGUUUAAAACGGCAAAUUCAUUUUUGUGUGUCCACUGUCCUAGGCUAUUGUAUCAGGUACCAAUUUGGCGGCCAUUUCAUUAGAAUAACAAUGUACAUUUUUUGUUUAGUCUGAACAGAAUAUUGUGGCAUCAUUUGACAGAAAGGGGGAAUACAUCUACACGGGGAAUUCUAAAGGAAAGGUGAGAGGAAAUUUUGAUUUACCGUAAUGCUAUAAUAAUUUAUUGUUGUGAGAAAGAAAUUUGAUGUCUGCUUAUUCAAAUAAACUCAAUAUUCUUUCUCUCUCCUUAGGUUUUGGUAAUUGAUGCCGAAACACAUCAAGUAAGUUUUGUUGCAGCAUGUAAACUAAGCACUGUCCAAUAGCCACGGUUAGUGGAUUUUGCUAUCAGGCUAGUGAAUUCGGUUCUUAACUUGCCCAACAGGCAAAUGAAGUUUUUUAAAGGAUUAAAAUUACAGAAGAACUGUGAUCAAUCCUGCUGAUCAAAUUUUUUUCCGAUUAGUUGAAAUGACUUUUGGUACAUGCUAGUUACAGCUUACCUGAAUGGCAAGCUGUAAAACUGACCUUUGCACCUUGUGCAUUGUGUUAUUCAGCUAUAACAAACAAAAAACAAUCAGAAAUUUCACUGGCUUGAUUUUAUUCCCAUUCCAGGUGGUGACAGAGUUUAGAAUACAAACAGGAACAAGUGCUAACACAGCUGUCAAGGCAAUAGAAUUUGCCAGAAGAGGAAGGUGUGAUUAACAUGUAGUACUGUUGAACCCCCCAUAAACAACCAACCAAUAUGUGAAGAUUUAGUGGUCCCUUAUAACAAUUGAACAACAGGUGGUUGUUUCUAAGAGGUUCCGCGUUUUAAUUUCUUGGGAUGAUUUCAAAGUUAUGAUAUAUGUGUUUCAAUGCCAUUCCUUCAAUCCUUUAAGCCCUAAGAGUGAUCAGCAUCAAAUUUCUCCUUGUAAUAUCAAUUCUUUGUAAAACAAGGUGGUCAUGAGACUUACAGACAUGAUCACACAAGAUGAAUUUGAUUGAUAUUUUAUCAACUUUCCCUACUACUUCUGUAGGAAAUGAAUAGGGGCAACAAAUGAGAAUUCAAAUUUUGAUCUUAGGGCUUAAAGGGUUAAGUUCAUUGUAUAGUCUGAGCAGUGUGGUACAUGCAGCAAACAUAGAAAUCAGAACAUGCAUCAAGCAGUCACUUACAAGAGGUUAAAGAAAAUAGAAAGUGAUAAAACUUUCACCACAAAAGGUGAUUUCUGGUCCCUUAUUAGAAGUGAUUUUUUAUGAGCGUUUCCAACUAUUAGUCGUCUUCUCCUUACUAAGCAACACUUCUUACCACCUGCAACUGCUUGAAGGUUUACCAAAAUGAAAUACAAUCUGAUUCUCAUGAGGAAAUGAAUGAAUAAAUGGGAAAGCACUAAAUUAUCAGGGUUGUCACUAAGAUUUCAAGUUGCUGGGUAAAGACAACAAGUACGCGGGGAAUGAAACAGCUAGAAACUUCUUUCGGUUCUAUUUUUCUUUUAUUUUCUUUUGAAAGUAGCUGGGGAAGACGUUCAUCGUAGCCGGGGGAAAUCCCCGGCCCCUGCCUCUUAAUGACAGCCCUGAAUUAUACACUGCUUUUUUCUCUAGGCCACACAUUUUGUAAAGAGAACAUUGAAGACAGAGUAAAAUUAUUGGAAUUAAUUGUUGUCUAAAGAUGAGGCCCUUCUCCACUUGCGGAAAGUUUUCGUUAUUACAUUAUUACGGCAACUUUCUCUACUUAAUGGACAUUUCUCGUUAUUACAUUAUUACGGAAAGUUUCUCUAGCUGGGGGCAUUUUUCACGCUGGGUAUGAUAUUUAAGACUUAGGCCAAAUUAGGCAGCAGAUCUUUAUUAUAGGCGGGGGAAUAAAGCCAAUCAGUGAAUUUCCAUAAUAACUAACUUAAUUUUCCUUUGUUUGUUAUUGCGGCAAGAUUAUUUCUACCAAUAAGAGAAACAACGAGGGAAAGGAGAAAGUAAAGAAGUUAUCAAACAAAAACAAGAGAAAAAAAACUAUUAUGCUGUUACGAAGUAAUAAGGAAAAAAAAGGAAAUCAUAUCUUAGAACGCACAUCAUAUGUAUGUUGGGUCAUUUGGCAACUGUUAAGGUAGAAAGAAACCUUUAAGUUUUUUGUUGUUGCUCUUGGUCAGUGGUAGAAGUCCCUAAAAAAGUCUUAACUCAAAAGUGACAAACCUAUGGAGGGUACAAAUUUAAGGGAAAUCAGCACGCCUUCAAAUAUCUAAUUCCUCUUUUUAUCGUUACUUUAGUGCAUUUCUCAUAAACUCACAAGACAGAAUAAUCCGGGUAUUUGACAGUCAGAUUGUGCUGUCCUGUCAAGGAACUGUGGGCGCUGAACCUGAACCAAUACAGAAACUUCAAGAUCUUGUAAACAGGUGAAGACAACAAGUUAUUCCGUUUGUAAUCUGUGUUGGAGGAACUUUAAACAUCCCAACCCACAUAAUGUUGUGACACUCAAAGUAAUAGAGCUAAAAUGUCUGAAGCAGGUUUUUUUUAUAUGUGUAUUUAUUAUAUAUUUGGAAAGUUAGAAUUUACAGUGGAGCAUAUUACCCAGCGUGCAGAGAAAGUAGUGUCCGAUAGCCCAGGGCUAGUGGAUUUUGCUAUUGGGCUGGUGAAUUCUGUUACUAACUUGCCCGACGGGCAAGUGAAGUUUUUUGAGAAAAUCAAAUUACAGAAGAACUGUGAAAUUAAUCUGCUCAUGAAAACGUUUGGGGGGCUAGUUAAAAUGAUGUUUGGGCUAGUAAAUGUUAGCUACAACUUGCCCGAAUGGCAAGCUGUAAAGAUGACUUUCUUUGCACCCUGUUACCUCAAUAACCCCAUUAUCAACAUUCGCCUCAUCAACUCUCUCUUACAUGUAACAGACACAGGGGUGUAAGGGUACUGCUGAGGUUAGAGUGCUUAGCUGCCUUUGGCGGGCCAAGUUUAAGUCCUGGAUGUAACAUCACAAGUGGGUUGAAUUUGCCCCUGCUUCAAGAUUUUACUGGUACUCUGGCCUACAUUUAUGAACAGAACUUACAUUAAAUUCGAGACAUUUUUGCGUGAAUGAUUACUUCCUAAAUUCAUCCUGUGAUAACCUCAGUCCACAGUGCUUAUUAUUGUUAAUUUUUGCCUUACAGAACGUUGUGGAAGAAAUGUUGUUUUUCUGGAGAUGGAGAAUACAUCUGUGCAGGUAAUCAUGAUUCUCCUAAUUUUGAUCUUUGAAUCAAAAUAGACGUUGCUCAUUCUAGUAGCAUGUUUGGAGGCAUGUUACAUAUAUGUAGGUCAGGGCUUUCAUUAUCUUUUUUAGCAGCUGUAGCAAGUGAAGAUUUACAAAACUAUAAAGCUUUCCACUUGAUAUCCUGUAAAAUCAAGUGAGCUCAGCCAUAACAGGUGGUGUCCCAGCCUGACAUACGAUCCCUCAACGGCACUUUCUCCCUUGAAAUAACUAACUGAAAAUUUUCCUUUUGUUAAGAACACAGUCAUAAGAACAGCUUAUCAACUGUAGUGCUUUGUUUUACCAGGAUCAUCUCGAACACAUGCCCUUUACAUAUGGGAGAAAGGUGUAGGCAAUCUUGUCAAGAUUCUUCAUGGAACAAAGGGCGAACUGCUGCUGGAUGUAGUGGUGAGCUUUUGAGUAAUAUAUCAAGCAUGAGAUCGGGCAAGACGCAGUGUUUCAUCACCAGAAGAAACACUGAGAAGAGAGUUGAAAAUACGAUGUGCAGCAGAGUAUUUUUGACAAACUUCAAAGUGUAACAUUUGUUGAUGAAACUCUGUGUCGAUUGCUUGAUAAUACCUCUUAAACAAAAUGAUUUUGGAAGGAGAAAUUAAGGAUGCAAAAUUGAGCAGUUUUUCCUCUGAUUUCCUAUCACUCAUGAAACAUUGAUUUCAUGCUGUUCAUGACAAUAAAAUGGCCGGUAUAAUUUAGACAGUCAGUCUGAAGCUAGCCCACAUCUCUGGCAGGAUUUGUUGCAAAUGACUGCCAACAAAGACUGCACAAAAACACCUGUAGAAUGAAUUUGUCUGUAAAGCUGCAAGAAGGAUGGGGUUGAAUCCUUCUGGGCUUCAAACUCACUAGGCAUGGAAUCAUGCACUCCUGCAUUAUGACCCCACCAGCUACACGGGCUAACCUGAAACAAAAGCAAAACAGUCUUCCCAUUGAACACUUCAUGUGCUUUUGGGAGAAGGAGGGGGUAUUAUCGAACCUUAUUCUGGUUUCACUUAAUAAAUUCAUGUCUUUGGAAAGUAUUUUUCUGUGGAUAAAUUGCUUUCCAGAGGACAAACAGUAACCAAACUGAUCCAGUCUUCCUUACAUUUAUUUUGUCAUCCUACAGUUCCACAAGAACCUAGGUAAUGACAAAUAUUAUUUCAUCAACUGGAAAGAGAUUUAUCCAGUGGAUAUUUCGCCUAAAAGAAAGUUGGAAAAAAUUGCCCUUUUCAAGUUACUAUGCUAAUGUAUGGGCUACUUUUGUUUUUAUAGAGUUAUGUAAGCACUCACUUUUUUAUCUUACCAGUGGCAUCCAAUCCGUCCAAUAAUAGCCUCGAUUUCAAGUGGUGUUGUCUCAAUCUGGGCUCAAAAUCAUGUGGUAAGGAUCAAGAGAAGAUCAUUAGAUUCUGAAUAGGUCAUUUCUGAGUUGCACCAAGCCUCUGUUUCAAAACGGGGCUAAGUUGGAAGCUCUUGAUAUUAAAAUGAUUUUUUUUAUUCUCGUGCAAAUGGAACUUAUUAUCACAAGAAAGGUCUUGCACUUCAGUAGCCUCGUUUUGAAAGUGAAUGUUUUUGGAACUCGGUAAUGGCCUAUUUUAUUGCAAUGGACAAUUAUUGAAGCUGCUAAGUUUCGAAAAAGGUUGUCGGAAAAAGUGCACGCGACAAUCCCGAAAGGUAUUGUGGGUGGUUUUGAGAUCGCUGCUCUUCGUAGAAAUUUUGAAAGAAUGGCACGAGAGGCCAUGGACUUUGUUUCCGAGUGCUUACAGUGUCAGAAACAGUGUAUUGAUCAUAUCCCAUAUUACCUUUCGGGAUUGUCGCGUGCACUUUUUUCCGACAACCUCUCUCGAAAUAGCUGUAUACUGGAUAGCAAGAAACUCACUGGAAAAAACAGAAACAAAGAGCUGCAACUGCUGACCUACAUGGUCUCGAAUUGGAAGUGAAAAUUGUAAAGGGAAUGUGUCAGCACAAUUUAAUCCAUUUGUUUAGUUUUGCCACCUACCGGCUAUGAAAAUUUUACUAUAAAGCGUUAGUGAAGAAAUUGCUACUAAAAUGGGAAAAUCACAGCUUCAGGAUGUCUCCUGCAGCUUAAAUCUCGAAGUUACACGCACUGAACCUUGACUGCAAUCUAUUUUAGGUCGUCACUUGUUUCCAUCCGCCAAUUUUAACCUUCUCUAAUUUUGUCCGUUGGUGUCUUAUUUUGUAUUUAUCUAUUUAAAGCUUCCUUUACUUUUUAAGACAUGAAUUUGUAUUUCACCUAAUUUAUUGGCUAGUUCCCAAAUGGCUGAAUUUUCCCAUAUAGUGUCUAAAUAAGGUGCAAUGUGACCAUGGUGACCACGUGACAUGCGACUUCAUAUAUCAUACUCAGUCCAAUCAAUGACCAGAAAUUUUUUCGGAAAUUACCGCGGAAAUUACAUCCUUGCAUCCUAAAUGCAGAUUUAACAUAGGCCAUAUCCGAGUUCCUAAAACUCACACUUUCAAAACGAGGCUAUAGAAGUGCAAAACCUUUUUCGUGAAAAUUAGUUUUAUUUGCAUGAAAAUAAAAAAUCAUCUUCGUAUCAAUGGCUUCUCACUUAGCCUCGCUUUGAAACGGAGGCUUUGGGUUACUCGGAAAUGAUUUAUUGUGAGAGAUGUUAACUUCAUUUGAUUUUCUUUUAAAACAGGAAAACUGGAGCGCAUUUGCACCAGAUUUCAAAGAGCUGGAUGAAAAUGUAGAAUAUGAAGAAAAAGAAAAUGAAUUUGAUAUCGUAAGUAUAGCACCGUCUAUUGCGCUCAAUAACCUAUGUGCCAAGUCAAGCUUACGAAGCUGGGGCCCGUUUCUCGAAAGUCCCGACAAUUAACGGGCCCGGUAAGCUGUCUCGGUUUCCAUUAAAGAUCGAGGUUUCAAUAGUUUUGCAUCUAACAUGAUAAAACUAUCAGUUAUAGAAACAAAAUGGAGUAGUUUGCUUGCCAGGAGCAGCGCUCUAAUUCUUUUUAUUUCGAUUUGAAUAUUUGAUUUCGGGCCCGAAAAGUGACUGGGACUUUCGAGAAACGGGCCCCUAGCCUCGAAAGAUAAAGUGUAUGGACACGCGAGAACACAAAAAGCGCGCGAGGGACUGAAGAGGGAGAGAAGAGCCUAUUAAUAGUCUACGUUCGAAAUAUCAAAAUUCUAACAUGACUCCCAUGCUUUAGGGACAAAAUUGACCACUCCAGAAAAUACCAUAAUAUACCAUAAUGCUCUUUGUUUGUCACCCCAAAAUUUUGCAUAAGCAUCGUCUUCAGUUUCUCUUAGGAGUUAAAUGGCCCUAAGAGAAACUGAAAACAAUGCUUACUGCAAAAUUUUGGGGUGACAAACAAAGAGCAUGAUGGACCCAGAUUCCCUCCGUUUCUAAAGUUAAGUUUCCCGCCAUUUUCAUUGUCAACCGAUUUGGCAAGGGCCCAUCUCAGUGUAUGUUGCAUGUUAGUUGAGAAGGCCUGUUGUUGUUUUAUUUGGCUUUUUGUUUUGUUAAAAAGGAAGAUGAAGAUGAAGAAGCAGAGGUACCUUCUGAAACAGAGGCAGGAGAAGAAGGGGAAGUUGAUGUGUGCACGGUGGAACGAAUUCCCGCUCUGUGUAGCAGGUGCGAACUUUGAAACAAAUGUAAAUGCUCCAUAUAUAAGAACGGCAUUAGUGGUUAACUCACUUUGGAUUAGAGACAUCAGGGAGCUUCAGCAUCGGCGACUGCUACAGCAGCGAAAACGUCACUUGCAAAACAAAUCUGCGUUUUUUCAAACUUUGUCGCGUCUAUUCCAGUUCGCUGAAAAUGUCAGAUGAAGGCGAAUUUUCCUAGAGUUAAUUUCUUUGGGGACCGUUUUCAAGAUUAAAAAGAGAAAGAAAAAAUCGUCGGCGCUUGUUUACGUCCUCUAUAAAACGUGAAAAUAGGGAUUUUCACGUCGUAGUCGUGCAGUGACGACAACGAAAUGUAGAGAAAAGCGUGAUGCAUGUGCAAAGUUGUUGUUUUGCUUACUACGCCUUUUUUUUUUUUGCCGAUCUCGUUCCCGUCGCCGUCGUUGUUGCUAAAGCUUCGUAUUUUAAUAGAUUCGAGGACGAGGGCAACUACAAGGACGAAAUUUUCUCAAUACUAAGUACUGCGCGUGCGUGAACCCGCGUCAUUUUGGCGGGAAAAGUGGUAGCCGUCAUCAUUCUACCACAGGUUUUAGCGAGAAUGUCGUAGUAGCCGAAACAAGUUGGCAAAUGUUGGAACUUUUAUCAUUUUGUGAUUGGAAGGGGGUUUAACCACUUUAAGUGUUAACUUUUCUGUGGAAGAAAAGGACCACAAGCUUUCCGGGUGUGUAUUUUUUAAGAGUACGCGAAAAAACUAGGCGGACCGAUCUAAUACGAUUCGGAAAACUGCCCACCUACGUCUUCUCUAACCCAACUUUAACACUAACUUCUCACUUUGGGAAAAUGUUGGGUAAGGGGAGGGGUCGGUGGGGCAGUUUCCGAGAAUCUAUUUAACUCUGAUCCUAUCCACCCUGACUGUGAAUUGUGAUGUUGCAGCGAUGAAGAGAAUGACGAAGACAUGGACUCAAUAUACUACCUUCCUGUCGCACCAGAAAUUGAUGAUCCCGAAGAGACUGGCUGGACUCAGGAGGUAUGUGGCAAAAAAAUAGGACACUAGUGCGAUCUUCCUAGACCCAAUGUCCACAUACAAAUUCUCCAUACAUUUCCAUGUAAAAUAAGUUGAGAGAACUUGUUAUAAUAGGGAGCUUAAGCAACAACGACGGCUGCGAAAAAUAAUGUAAAGUCGGUCUGCUUCAAACUUUAUCGCGCUUAUUUCAUCUCGUUCAGUUCGUCAAAUGUUGGCAAAUUUUUUUGGAGUUGAAUUCUAAAAGACUUGUAUCGAAGUUCAGGGAAAGAAAAAUAAAGUUGUUGUCUUGUGUUAACGUUUUCCACAAAACGUGAAAUUAGGCAUUUCACGUCGUAGUCGUACAGUGACGGCAAAGAAAUGUACAAAAAAGCGUGAUGCACGUGCAAAGUUGUUGUUUUGCUAAUCUAAACCUAUUGCUUUUUUGACGUUCUCGUUGACGUCCCCGUCGUCGUUGCUUAAGCUCCCUAACAUCAAAACAUUUCCACUCACUGAUCAUUUUAGUAAUUCUCCUGACCUUUUGUUUUGAUUAUGUAUUGAUAUUUUUAAGAGGAUGUUGGUCAUUCUUGGAACUCACCUGGCCUAAUUUUGAAAAUGAGAGUUUUUAGGACUCGGAAGUGGCCUAUUAACCUAAUCGACCACAAUUUUCGGAUACCCACGCUUCUGUCUGAUGUGAACCUUCGACUUUUUCAGUGUGGUAGGAUUGUUAGUUUGAGGCUUUUAAUUAUCUUUGGUAUUUCGCGGGUCUUAAAUUUGUAUAGGUAAUAGCAUGAUUUGUAGUGAUAUUUGGCAUUAAUCAUAACUAUAACAAAAUCCUCAAAUCUGAUUGGUUCUCAACUGCCCUGAUUUCAGCCUUAAUAGGACAGUGUAAUAGGACAGUACGCGUCAUGCCUAAGUAAUUGGACAGUACGCGCCAUCACGCGCGCGCUUAAAUGGCUUUUUUUUCCUUGCUAGCGAAAAAAUCUUGGAAUUUCUAGUGUUUUGAUUUAAAAAGAGCCCUAUAUAUCACAAAUUUUGUUAAAGUUAUGAUUAAUUGGUAACAGAACUUCGUGUCGUCCAAUUCGGUCUGUAAUCAUACUCGUGAUUAAACAAAUCGGACUCCCGCUAUGCGGUCGUCCGAUUUUGUUAAUCACUCGUAUGAUUACAGACCGAAUUGGACUCCACUCGGUCCUGUUACCAUUACAAAUACCACGAAAGAUAAUUCAAAAUUGUUAUACUUAAUUUUACGAGCCGUUAGGCAAGUGGAAUUUGAGACAAUUUUGAAACAUCACGAGUGGUAUUUAUGCCAAAUAUCAGGUACAAAUCGUGCUAUUAUUUGUUUAUACUACUACCCACGAAAUGUUUGUAAUUUUCACCUGUAGUUAUUUCAAAUUAAGCUGAAAUACCACAGCUCUAAGCCAAUCAAAUUGUAGAAAUUUCUCAUGUGGUAGUAUAAGGAGGCGAUUUUUUUACAAUCGCGAAAAACGCGAAAUUGAGUACAAGUAAGAUAGUUGUUUGUAGGUUGCAGUGUAAUCAAGUUUGCGUUAUUUAAUUUGUUUUGUCAGACCGAUCCACAUACCCAUGAUUCCGAACGUAAAAGAGUCGCUUCGCAGGUGACUGGGAAUGAGUCGCAGAAAAAGAAGGUCAAAGUGAUUGACAUUAGCCAACAGCAAAACGGAGAAUCUGGUAAGAGAAUCGCUAAACACGAGGAGGAAACACUGCUUUUCAGAUACUGAAAGUUGAGUUGAAAAAAAAAAAAACAAGACAUGGCCGACUUGUUUCAAAGACUGACGCCGAGGUGUCUGAGUAUCAUAUGAAAUACUCAAUCGAAUGUUUGAAACUACAGUACUUCUCAGAUGAAGAGAGCAGUAAUUCCAAUUAUUUAUAACAAUUAAGAUCCGAUAUCCAAACUCCCUUUAUGUGCCUGUUAUUUCCUUUUGUUUUUUUGUUUACCGUAAAUCCUCUAUUAACCCCUCCCCCUCCUCCGCCCCCCGCCGGAGGCUUAUUUGUUUCAAACCUAUUUGAGGAAGGGGGGGGCUUAAUAGAGACGGAGGGCUUAUUUAAUUAAGAAAAGACGAUGGUAUGAAUAUAAACUGGAAAAGCUCAAGUACAAGAAGUUUUAGGUGAUGCAACAGAGGAUCAAAAACAAAUCUGAACUUCCAGAUGGUGAACAAACCAUCCCGGAUCAGUCCACGCGAAGGUUUACAGUCGUGAUUGAAUAAUACAGUCUAUCAUUUAUUAAUUAACAAUUAAUGAAUGAGGCUGAGUAUCUUUUGAAGAAUUAUGGAGAGCGAGGAGGGUGUUAUCCGUCAAGGCCGUAGGCCGUGAGGGAUAACACCUUCGAGAUCUCCAUAAUUCUUCACAUGAUACGAAAGCUGAAUUCAAUAAUUGUUUUAUUAUUCAUUCAAAAUAAUUCCUAGUUUAAAAACAUGGCUAAAACACGCUUAUCUCCAUCGAUCCAUCGAUGUUAAGUUCAUCUUCGGUAGUGCACGUUUAGGGUUGUUCAGCUCCGCAAAUAUUCUCCAAAUAGCUGAUGUCGUCCUUCGAGUUGUCUUCUUGCUGUUCUUGCCAUGUUUUUAGCUAUUAUUUCGCCUAGUUGUUACUCUUUAACGAGUGAAAUGUCUACCAUUUUUGUUUUCACAACCAAAACAACUCAACCUCAUCCCCAGGUCUUCUCGGUUAACGGUGCAUUAACCUGCAAGAAAGCAGCACUUUUGACAUCAUCGGUUCAUUAAACGCAAAAUUUUUCCAAAUUUGGUCAUCAGAAUCAGAAUCGGGAAAAUAUUUUGAAUGAAUAAUAAUGAAGAUUUAUUUGGGGAGGGAAGGGGUGGGGCUUAUAAAAGGGGGGGCUUAUUAACUUUCUUCCCCUGAAAAGGAGGGCUUAUUUGAGAGGGGUGGGGAUGAACAGAGGUUUUACGGUAUUUUGUUUUUACCAUGGACUAUUCAAUUGUGUUUGAGAAGCGUCGACAAGGUCUGUUCAAAACUCGGAACCUUUCUUUAGGAACCAACGAAAUUCAAUUAAUGAUGCCAUUAUAUGGGACGAGCUUCCUCACACUGCCGUUUUCUUUCAGAAAAUCUAACCAACACUACACAAAUGCAUGUGGUUAGAUAAAAUAUUGAAAGCCAUUUUUUAAGGCAGCGAGUCUUAUCUUUUAAAGGGUUUUUCUCCCUGAGUGUCAAGGUUUUUUGUGGCAUAACAGUAUGAGUAAACUGGUGAAAGACAGUUUGUGGAGAGCUGGGUUAUAAAGAGAGAAUUUUGUGAUUAAAAUUGCGUGUUCGAUAAUGCAGGGACUGUUCAGGUUAGUUGCCCAACGAGCUUUAUCCUUCUCCUGUUUGUUUUAUCGUAGGAUUGCACAAGAAUGUACCUUCUCACACGGAAGUAACGCCAGCCAUAAACCCAGAAAGCGCUACAACAAAAACAAACGAGCUGGAGCAACCAUUGAAUUUAGAUACGGACUCCGUAUUCGAAUAACGCCUUAAAAAAACGCUUUGGUGUUGUUCCAUGUUGAUCACUGGGUUUAGAUCCAAAAAUGCCCAAUCAAAUCAAAGAAACGUUAAAAACCAAUCAGAUCUCGAUGCAAAGCCAUGAGAACGUUCACUGUGCGCGGGAAAAAGAACUGACCAGGAUUGUACGGUUGGUUGAACUCUCAUCUGAUUGGUUGAUCAAACAGCGCGCUCACUCCGGCCUUAAAACAAUUUGUUUUCAACAAUUUUGACAACGAAGCAAAAGGUGUCAUGGGUUCGUGUUUGGUAAAGGUUUAUUCAGUAUGUGUGUGUAUGUGUGUGUGUCCUCCGUGUCGUCGAGUGAUUCGAUGCUAUUUUUCUAAGAUGUAUGUGUUAAGUUAUUUCAGUUAUUUUAUGGUAUGUUAAGGCACAUUGUGUGUCUCAUAUUGUACAUAAUAAACUCUUUUACUACCAGUAAGUUAGAUUGUAAUCAAAGGUUACUUUUACCGACAUAAGCUUCGGUGUGACUUUUUAUGUUUCGUCAAACUAGCUGCAAAAGUCAGCGGGUAUGCUUGUCCCAGAAUAACGCGAAUUUCCCUUCGGCUUGCGAGGAAAGUUGGAGAGACCUAAUCCGUCUUUGCGUUCGCCCUAUUUCAAGCGUAAGGUCACACGCCCGAGAUGCAAGGAUGGCCAAUCUCGUCACCAGAGCCCUCGUGGUCAUGCGCAAUAGAGAAUGGCUUUGGGGUCGAGAAUGCAAGGAAAACGAACCGCGGCCGGCUCUUUGCGCAUGCUUCAAACUUGAAAGUACAACCUACUUUCUCGCAGGCUGCGUUCAGCCUCCAUUUCGCUCCUGCCCCUCUCUCUCUCUCCUUUUCAGAUAGGUACGAAAAGGACUGCAGUGCAGACGACAGCGGCGCUGAUCAGCUCAUAGCAGGGCGCACAAAGGCUUAUCCGCCUUGGCUUAUAGUCUCCGUACUAAAUACGCUGCCGCGACUUCAAUACUCCGAACUGCUCACAAUUUGCUCCCGAUUGGCUUCGUAGCUCAGUCGGAUAGAAUGCUGGUAGAACUAAUCCAGCGAUUGGGACUUCAAUCCAAACCAGGGUCAAAAAAAAUUUUCUUCGUUUCCUGGUUUAUCUUUCUUUCCUUUCUAGAACUUGCAGUUCAGAAGCAUUGAUGGAGUUUCUCACUUUUUAGUUCUCAAUAAACACAAUGUGGAGUGCUACGCGGGUUACACACUUUAGUGAAAUCCAACUAGUGGUCUAUUAUCAAUGCUGCGUUCUGAUCAGUUGAGCUACUACUAGGCUAUAUGUUAUAGCCCACUAGUGGCGAAAAGCGCCGGCUUUGAAAGCCAAAACAAUGCCGGCUGAAUCGUGUUUUGCUAGCUAAAGUUGUUUUGUCGGCCUUCGGCCUCAUGGAAUAUUGACUCAGAGCCCAUUCGGGCUCGAGGAAUAAUUGCUAAUGAUACGCUACAUAUCAGUAAAAAUGAACCAAAUGUGAUUUUCAAAGUGGUGUGCCUUAGUAAACUGGCAAGGUUUGUACCCAGCUUAACACAAGUGUGAUUGGUAUCAACUGGAACUGGUACCUACUACCAAUAGUAGGCAGUUUUAGCGGUUGUCCGAAAAACGUUCACCUGCUGGCUUUUACUGAUACACUUGCCUCAUCUCCCACAAAAAUCUAGCUCCGGCCCUGUUAUAGGCAGCAAACGCCGGUUGUACGACAGUCCCAGUUUGCCUUAGAUGACUUAGAUUGGGGAAACGUCAUUUGCCCUUUACCGGGAGAAACAAUGGUCCUUGAGAUAUUCAAUGUCUCAGGCAGGGUAGCAUGUGUAGCAAGCGUUUCCGUGUUGUUUCUUAGCAAAGCCCGAGGAACGGGAUGUUUGAUUUUGGCUGCGCGAAACAUGAAUCAAGAGCCAAAAAAUGGAAGAGGGGAGAAGGGGUGAGGCAUUUGCACACUCUUUUUUAAACCACCCUGGGGUUUUGGUUUGAACCGCCCGCCCCACCGUGGGGCAUUUGCGGCUCUUCCAAAAGAAAAUGAGAAAUGCCUGAGGGGAUAGAUACCCUUGGAAUUGACUGAGCCAUUGUUGAAGCGAAUGUCAUCACCUAAACGGCGAGAACAGUUUUCAUUUUGCUUUUCGCAGUAACACGUCUUCGUCGUUUUUUAUUAACUGGAGUUAAAAGAUAUUCUCCGCUCCUUUUUGCUCCGGCUUUUUUUGCUCCGAUAAAUGCUUGGAAUCAGUGUGCUUAAGCGCACCGUGUUUUGAGAAGGACCUACUUCCGGGACAAUCACUUUCACUUUUAAGCCGGUGAGCACUGUAUCAGACUUGGCUGUUUCCCAGAAGUGAAGUCACGUGUCUUCGGGGUGAAAUCCCGCAUUCAUUGUUAUUGUCUUGCUCUUUGGAGAAAGCCAGCGAAAGGCAGAAGCCCGAAGGAAAGUUAGGACUGCAGUGACGAAGAAGAAAUCUUUUUAAAGAUGGGCAGCGGCGAUUCAAAAAUUGUAAGUACAAUUUUGUACGAGGUCUUUGUAAGGCCCGGUUCAGACGCCAAAAACGUUUCAUGAGCCGAACCUAAUUCGACUUAAGGCCGACACAAAUUAUUAAGAACGGCAGAAUUGAUUCAGACGCUGAUCUUAAUUGCAGCUGAACUAAGCUCAAAAGGCGAAAAAUGCUCAUUUCGGUCAAACUUCCUACAAAAUACGUUAUAAUAAUUUAUGCAUUAGGUUCGGUACAUGAAAAGUUCGGCGUCUGAAUCAAAGUCGCUCUAAAGGAGAAAUUCCCGGUCGGGCUAGGCGAAAAGAACGGCUGAGCCGUUGCAAAUUGAAACAGGCAUUCCUAAUUGAUUCAGACGCCGAACUUUUCAUGUACUUAAUUCAAUGUGUUAGGUUCGGCUCAUGAAAAGUUCGGCGUCUGAAUCGGGCCUAACUUAUUUUGUAUUUUAGUAGUCCCUGAUUUUUUAAAAUUGGCUGCGUAAAUUAAAUGAAUUUCCCCUCGAUUCAAUCCAGGGGCGAAGCGUCCUUUACGCAAAUACGCACGUGAGUACUUGAGAAAUUGAUAGGAUUUUUUUAAAGAUUUUCUGUUACAAGUAAAAGCCAUUUGUAGUUCCUGUCUGCCUCGCUAUAUUCAACAUCGUUUGUACACGUAUUAAAAAUACAACAGUUUGAGUAGUGAAACGUGAUAGAUUCGAAACAUUCUUGAAAUGUUUGCCUACAGGCGAUCCCACAAUACAUUGCGUAUUCAUAACAAUAGGAAAAGAAUCAACCCGGACUGAUCAUCAUUCCCUUUAAGAUUUGCCUGGAAAGUUUUCCCAUUGAAAGGCCUUUCGUUUUUUUAGGUUUUUUUUUUUCUCUCUCUCCAUAAAUGUCGAACAAGUCUAUCAAAAAAUGCCUUAUUGUCGCUCAACUUCACUUCACUUCACUUAUUUAUUUGAUGUAACCUCGUUUAUUAAAUAAAUGUAUUAUUUACAUCUCGGGUCAGCGGAUUCCUAGAGAAUCGUAAAUAACAAUAAUUUGCGGAACUUAGCAUCGUCCGCAAUUUCUACAACAUUAUGUAGUAGAUUAUUCCAAUCUCUAAUUGUGCUUGGCACAAAACUGAAUUUGAAAAUCUGGGUUCGAGCAAAAAUUGUGGUGUAAUAUCUAUUGUGCAUAUGUCUUGUCUUUCUGGCCGGCUUUGAUAAUUCAUCCAGGGGCAGGAUUGCGUUGUUAUCUAAUCCCUUUUUGAUAAGACAGAGUCUGUCUACUUCUCUCCUGUUCUUUAGAGACUUCCAACCGAGAUCCUUUAAAAGCGUAGUGACACUGCCAAGUUCAUAAUUUUGGUAAUCAGAUGUUAAAAAACGCGCAGCGCACCUCUGUAUCUUUUCGAUCUAGUUUGAUAGUUUAUCCGUAUAUACGAAUCCCAUGGUUCGCUCGCAUACUCGAGUAAUGGUCUUACUAGGCCAAGGUAAGUUGCCUCUUUUACUCUUCCGUCACAUGUUGAAAGGUUCCGUCUAAGGAGUCCGAGUAGUUUGUUGGCAUAGCAUGGAAGUUCCAUCUAAGGUCAUCUGAUAUCGUUACUCCGAGAUAUUUCGUGUGCUGAACAGAUUCCAGACUCGUGCGUUCCAUAGUGUAUUGAUAAGUGAUCUUGUAGGUGGUUUUUCGAGAUAUGCGCACUAUCUUGUACUUGCUUGGCUCAAAGCACAUGUACCAUUUCUUGGCUCAAGACGUUAGGUGAUCGAUAUCCUUUUGGAGUUGUUCACAAUCUUGGACGUUCGCGAUUGGCCUGUAACAGACACAGUCGUCUGUAAAUAGUCGGAUUUCCGAUUCGACCUCAUCCACUAUGUCAUUGAUGAAUAUAUUAAAUAAUACCGGUCCUAGGACUGUUCCUUGAGGAACACCUAAUACGACUGGCGUCCAAUCUGAAAACAUUUGGAAAAACAUGGACCAAACCAUGCCGACGAUAAUCCACGUAUUACGUGAAGCAAACUAUUGGGUGAACGUGGUGCGGUAUCAACAAGAAUUUUGCAGGAAAUUUACUCCUACCGAACAGAUGUAGCUUUUUUUUUUUCAAUGACAAACUUUAGAGAUAUUCAUGCCGAAGAACUGGAAAGAAAUAUAUGCUGACUAUCAGUUGUUUGUUCCUUUCUCUUGCUCAUGAUAGAAAUAUUAAACGGAAAAACUAAAAAGGUCAGCAAACGACUAAGCGUGAGGAAAAUUUCCACAAACCAGGGCCGCACCUAGGAUUUUUUGUCUGCGGGGGCAAACUCGGUUUUCGUGAGAUUUCGGACCAAUAUAGCUACAAGAAACAGCCCAGCAAAAUCAGACACUAUGUUAGAAAAAAAACAUUUAGUUUUCCUGGCGGGGGCAACUGCCCCCUUCGCCCCCCCGCUAGGUACGGCCCUGCAAACAUGAACGUGCUGGUAAACAUUCCUGUAGCAGCUCAACGAAGAACGUUUUAAAAGCUUUUGUUGAUAUAACGUUCUACUGUAAACAAGCCCGUAGACCCUGUAAACCGUCAAUUAUGUAUAACUAAAAGAAAGCAAAAACGUUAUUUUGUGGGAAGUUUUUAAAACCAUAUGGACCUGUGUGCGUACUUGUCAAAAUGGUUACGCUACGCCCCUGGAUUCAAAGGGAAGAAGCAAGGGUCCUUUGGAUUAUUUUCUUGUGAUUUUUAUGUAUACAUAUAACUUUUUUUCAAUUUUUUCAAUUUUAAAAACUUUUCUGGAAACCAAACUGAUGAUAAUUUGUAAUAAAUUGUUACACAUCAGCUGUAGAUCGUGUUUUCUACUGAGGCAUUACUUGUCACACCACAUAGACCCACUUAAAACUGCAGGUUACACUGACUGUUCCUAGGUCCAAAUAAUCGUUAAAAGCAGAUUUUUGUACUUAGAAUUAAUAAAGAUACGCAUGAUAGAAAGAAAAUUAUCUGCACAUUGCGUUUUGUGUGAAUUGCAUAGGGGCGUUUACGAGUGCUUCAAACUGUUAUGUACUCCUUCCGAUUAGAAGCGUAAAAAACGUCAAAAUUUACAAAUCGCCAAAAGUCCAAGAAAUAAGUACGAGGAAAUUAUGACCCUUUUCCAAAAAUAAAAUGCAAAAGAGGCGAAUUUAGGGCAUACAAAUGGGACGAAAAAGGUUCUUUUCCCAUGCAUAUAAUCUAAAUUUCUGGGAAAUAUACUUUCGCUUGCGACCCUCCCAGUAACGAAUUCCAGGAAUUAGACAACUCUUUCAUUCUAUUUGUUUUCUUUUUCUAUGUCGUAAAUACCAAUACCUUCUAAGAAAUAAAGAAAAGUAAUUCUAAGUAAAUUCAUUUGGACACUUUAGAAAGUUUUUUUUCUUUUCGUCAGCAAAGAACAUAUAACUUUUUUCGUCAGGCCAUUUGUUACUUGCCAGUCACGCUAUACGUUACUUUUCAAUUAAAAUAGUCACGCGAUGUUUAUAAAGAGUGCUACGAUUCUGUUAUAUCUUCAGGAGUAGUUUGAAGGAGAUCAAAACAAGUCGGUUAGUCCAACCAUUCCAACUUCUCGGAAAGGAGAGCAUUAAGUUUUUUAUAUGAAACAGCGGAGAUGGUAUUCGAAAGUUCUUUGUAUCGGUCAGCUGGUAAUCGUUAGUGCCCAAAGAGUAAUUUUUCCAACGGACAUCCCCGUCCCUUUCAUAUAAAGAACCCUCUGGGAAUUAGCUACGUACUUUAACAUUCCCCAUAGUACACCUCCCUCACCCCCCACCCCACCCCUCCGCUCCUUCUCCCUACUCCCUACCUGCCUGUGGACAUGCCAAAUCGCCCGCGUAAACGGCAGUCUGGUGAGGGGGUGGGAGAAGGAUAAUUAAAACGAUGUGCGCGAGGGACUCAAAGACCCGAUUUCCGUAACUUCACAGAAUGACAGCUCAAUCCAGAAGUACAUUGUUGACAGCCUUCUGUCUAUUAUCUAUCGCGUAGUUUUAUUAUCCGAUAAGCGCGCGAUCUGGUUGCGUGUGUCAAAGCGGAGCGUGAUGGGGUGGUAUCAGUGACGGGAAAGAGAACCACAACUGUCUUUGAUUUUGUUUUCUCUCUUGCCCACUCGCUGACCAUAUUCCCUCGCGUGUUGCGCUCUUUUUGCACGUUUGUGGCCUCUUCUGUUUCCAGAUUGCGUUAAGUAAAGAGAGAAGCUGAGAAGAGUCUAAAUACUGUCUAUGAAAGAGGUAGGCAUGUUUGCUUAAUGACACUGCACGUCUCAUCUGUACAUUCGAUCGAUUCUGAAACCGACGAUUAAAAGUUUUUCGCGUGUUAGUUAACCCAGUCAAAGCAAUAAGGUAGUAUUUAUCUUUUUGUUUAUUUACCUAUUUGUUUGUUUGUAAUUGGGACAAUAGAAUUAUGAAACAGUGGACAGAACAGAUCCAAAUGCUGCACGACAAGGCCGACAAGAAGCCGAAGAGGAAAAUCAAGAAAGGAUGAGAAGACUCCAGAUUGAGAUGCAAAGAGAUCGCGAAGAGGCGAUUCGUGAAGCACAAGAAAGGGCCAGGUGUGAAGACGAGGAGCAGCGAAACCGAUUAGAGCGUCAACGUCUUGAGAGAGAAGAAAGGGAGCGACAGCGAAAGGAGGAGGAAUCAUUUUGUCAGCUUAAAGAUGCUCUGAUGAAUUACGACUUACAGCAAUCCCCGAGGAUUAAAAAGGAAAGUUUCCGUGAUCUCGAUAUUGGAGAUAUGGAUGGAGUGCGUAUAGCUUUAAUCGGGCCCGCGGGUUCGGGAAAAACAUCGUUCAUUGGUAAGAGUUUUCCUGUUCUUUUAAAAUCAAAAUCCAAACGAACAAACACCAAAAAAUAGAGAAUUAUUCGCUAACACACUUAUCGAACCAUUUUGAAGUCAAAGCCUCGAGACUCGUUAGGCGUAAAGUCCCCACCCCGGAGUAGAGUAUGGAAUUUCUACACUCGUUCCUCAGACGCCUUUCCAUAGGUGGUGUCACGAAAUGUCGGCUGUUUUCUCAAACUCGAAAAAAAAAGUUACUUUUGAAAAGUUUUUUUUCAAGUACGGCAACUUUUAGCAAGACCGCGAGAUUCUACCUUUUUCACUGUCUGGUCUUGUGUUUUUUUUAACGAUAUCAUUCUCUAUGCUUUCGUUGUUUUUCAUUUAGAGGUCGUCCCUUAUUCAAGACAGGGCAUUUGAUCCUCUCUCGGUUUGAAUACUACAUGUAAAGCGGUCGGACAGUCUUCUUACGACACUCGGUUACUCCUCGUGAGGUAUUUGAAUUUCUCGUUCGAUUGUUCUACGACCACAUGGCCUGUGCCUAUAAGAGAAGGAAACUAGGCGGAGCAAAGACUUCCGGGAUUGUUAAUAGGGACAGGGAAAAAAUUGGCCAAUAGCUGACCGGCGCGUCCCCAGAAACAAAUGCGGCACACAUUUCGGCUCCAGUCCCUUCUCGUUUCCAUAAAAGUGGUGAAUGAUCCCACACCACCCUCCAUUAAAUCAUAUACAUCUGUUCCUUUAACUAUAGGUACUCUACAGCGAUCUCUAAGGGGGGACAUCCAUUGGCAGACUGUCUUCGAUCCGGCAGGCGAAACAACUAUCAUUCUGGAAGAAUACAAGUUGCAUCCACAAAUAAGUGUCUUGGAUACAAGAGGAUUUUUUGACAGCGAUGAAAAGCUUUUGGAGGAAUGCCUCAACAUUAUGUCGGGAAGGUAAUUAGUGUUCUAACCCUGGGGGCGGGUUGGGUGUUCUACCCCUUUCCUAUCGAGAGCGACGUUUGAUACGUAAAUGAAACGAGUGACUCAGAAGAUUAUCUGAGUACCCCCAAAUAGUUUCGUACCUAUGACCCUUCACACCAUACAAGAUGGAUUUUGCGCCGGCACGAAAACCAUACUGGAUAGGGCUUCUGUUCCCAACACACAUAAGAAUGGUGAUUUCGGCGCCAUGUCUGUAACGGAACGAAGCUGCGCCGCGCCGAUCUCUAAAGUGGAGAGUCACAUAUCGGAUAGGUGUUCACACUAUAGCGGAUAGUUUUUCGUGUCGGCACGAAAACCUUAACCUUAGUGGUUCAGACUCUCCACCACACAGCUAGAGGAAACUUGAAGCUACAGCUGAAGCUAAACUAGCCUCCCUCGCAGAUGUUGUUAGGGGUUCGCCACGCGUUCCUGCCCCACAAACGUCUGAUGAAACGAGAGGAAAAAAACGUUGACCAUUCACAGCACACUUCCAGAUCUAGGAAGUGCACUUUGGACCUUAAGAAAUUUCGUGUGAGACUUCAAAAAAGAUCAGAAAGGUUUCAUGAAAGAUAAAGAACUUACACUUUUAGAACAAACUACUCAGUUAACUCACACGUCUUCGCACAGAGAGAAAUAUACAAAAAGCCAACCCUUAUCUCCUACAUUCUUGUGCAGAGCAAAACUCUGUGGUCACGUAUCGCUCUCGUCUCUGCCGCGCUUGUAGGUCGUGUUUGGCUUGUCAACACUUUGACUUCAACGCCGCGGAUUAGUUCUCCGAUAGUCAGUAGGUAAGCUCCAGCUGAUAUUUGCUAACAAUAAAAAAAUGAGAAUGGAAUCUAACCUCUCGUUUCGUUUCAGUGGGACAGGGACGCAUGACGAACCCCUAAGAACGUCUGCGUAGGAGGCUAAACAAAGCUAAACAUCAUGCACACUGCUAGGACUGAAAUGUUGUAGUCCGUACUAAAGAGUAUCUUCUUUGAAAUCUAGUGCCUUGUUUAAACCUGGGUCUGACACCAAAGCUUUCUUUCCAGCGGUGUCGAUGGAUUUUCGCUACCAGUUCAUGUCUAGCCUGCCUUGCCGCCGGAGACCUAGAUAGCAAAGUGGAUAAAGUCCAAUAUACUAGAUAUAUCUGGAAUUUAGAGUAUCCGCGACGCAAGCUAGUUUAUGUCACAAGUUGAAAAAACCAUGAAUGGACUAUUAUUCUAUUAAACAAGUGAAUCUAAUAGUCGCUCCGGGCUUUUGUAAGUUAAUGUUAGGGAUUGCAAGACAGUCUUAGAUUCUGCAUUGCACGCCAUGGUUUCCGGAUUCCAGGUACUAGAUUCCAGUCUUUAUCAGUGGAACUGGGACUCUGGAUCAGUCCAAUCGUUAGAAGGAUUCCGGAUUCCUUGAGCUAUAUUCCGGAUUCCAAAGCCCAGGAUUCCGGAUUCCACAAGCAAAUAAACCGAAUUCCGAAAUCCAAAUUCUCUUACAUGAGGGGACAUUUACCAUAAAUAAAUUUUCGCAUACUUCUCAAUUUUAGAAUUCGUCCAGGUGAAGAGAUCGAACGAUGCUAUGACGGAAGUAAAGACAAGGGUAAAGUUGGUAAUCCUCAGACAGGAAGAAAAGCUCCAUAUCUCUCCAAAUAUGCUCAUGCAGUCAUCUUUGUAGUGAAGGCAAAUGAUCCGCGGUUGAGGGACGGCAAGUACGAAAACACUUUGCAGAAAAUGCGAGAGCAUUUCAGAGAAGACGGUAAGAUUAACGUUUUUUGCAAUCUGUAACUUUAAAGUCUGAUCACUAACAUACACUAACACAAUGAUCCACAUACGCGCAAGAGUGGUUCGGCUUUUUGUUUUCUUCGCAAAGCGACUGAAAUCACCCAUCUUUUCUCCAGGACCCCCCAGCUCAAACAAAAAUAGCUGAGGUUCUACAAUUGCUUUUUCAAGACAAUUGGCGUCAACAGGUCAUUUCCGAGGCCAUUCGCGAACCCCUCAAACUUCUGAGAAUCAGGCUAGGUCCCCAACAGAUUCAACGAGUUACCUGAAGUCCUUUCAUUCUGAUUCGCAAAUCGACAAUGGCUUCUUUAACUGGCCAAUCAUAGCGCGAACUCAAAUCCUGGUGAACAGGUGGGGCCCAGAACAAGGAUUUCGGCGCUAUUUUGCAGACGAACUUAACAACAAAGUUUAGUUUCGUCUAUGGCGCAGGUUAGUUCACAAUAGCAGAUUCAGAAUAUUUAACAUCUGUUGGGGGGGCGGGGAGGUUGGGUAAGGUGUCUAAAUUUAUUUCGACGGUUAUCUGAAGCUUUUCGAUGGCAAGGCAAGCUACCCACAUAAGACUUAACCUUCAGAGCAUUAUUAGAGAAGGGCAAAUCUCCACCCUCAGCGAACACAGCAACCGAUAGGCGGCGCUGAGAAAACAGCACCAAAAGGCACAAUUGUAGCCUACGAGCUUAUACGGCCGCCUCCAUGCUCCGUGCUAGAGAAACACGAAACGUCUCUACCGGCGAAAAACAAUUAGGAGAGGCGGCUGCAUUCGCUGGCUAGCACCAACAAUGCUAAAGAUCGAAAUCCACCAACCAUAAAAGAGGUUCGAAAUGCACCUGUCACAUGACUAAAUGCCUCAUUUUCGAUUGAAAUGAUAAUUUAAAUUCUUAUUCUUUCAAUUCAUUUGUUCGCUUCGGAUUGGCUUAAAUUCCCCACCUAAUUCUUUCCAUCAGCUGCCGUUGACCAAAUUUGGAAGAGUUCUGCCGCUAACAACACAACAGGUCAUUUCCGAAUUCUAAAACCCCUCACUAUCAAAUCGAGACUAAGUGCAAAACCUUUUUUAUUAUAAUGAGUUUUAUUUGCUUGAGAAUAAAAGAUCAUUUUGUAUGGAAAGCGUAGGUCACGUGGUGAGAAGUUAAACAGAGUUUUAGUUAUGCACCCAUCAAUGUAAAUCCCGGUGGGUGGGGAGGCGGGCAAGGGGGGGAUUUGAUGCCUGAGACUAUCCCCAUGUUGGGCUUUUGAUCGUGAAGCGACCCCGGGGUCGGGACAUUUGACUUUGACCGAUAGAAGCCCGGUAUCAAUUCAGAAGCGGUUACCAAGUCCGUCCCUCGAGGCUUUCUGAAAGUCACGCUGUUGGAGAAAGGUAUGAAGUUUUCAUUUGUCUUAAUCGCCAUAAUCCGAUACUUUAGACUGUCAUCUAAACAGAUAAUGUGUAGUUUUUAUCUUCAAGUUCCUAUCUGAUUGUAAACCUCGAUUGAAAUCGAAUUUUACCAUGAAAGUCAGAGGAUUUUUUACGGGUCACUGAUCCGACCUGUUCCCACAUGUUGAGCAGAUGUUAUAAAGCAUUUUACGUUUCAUUAAUAUAAUAGCACGGUCAAUCUUCCUGGAGCGAUUAUGUUGUUCAAAAUAAGAGAUGCUAGUGGAGAGAGAAAAUACUUAAUUACAGCAAGUAAUUUAACGGAACUUACGUUAACCUUAAAUAAAAGUAGUAAGAACGUACUUUUGAAAUGUUCUUUUAUUCGUUUUAAAUAGUAUUAUGGUAUUGUUUGUUUAGAUUUUUCCCCCGGGGUGGGGGCUAUUUUGACUCCACUACACAACAUCAACAGACAAAACGUAAUGGCAAAUAAGUUUAUUUUGGGACGGCUUGGCGAGAACCAACCCUACAAAGUAUUUAUGUAAAUACAAUAAUAGGUGAAUACUGGUGAAUACCUAAUGUACAACACUUGUAAACUAGCUUUCACAAAAAGAUAAAACUCGUGCGACAAAUGGUCGCUCUUGACCUGAAUCUCCCAUUUAAGCAGGCAGGCUUAGUGCCAGGUAGGCUGCCAGUCGUUCUGGGGAAACUAAUUAAUAAAACUCAGACAACGCAUAACUGGCACACGGAACACGGUAGUAGCACAGAGGCUAAACAAAAAAAAAAAACUCCUCACAACUGGUCGAUCUCGACCUGAAUCCCCAAAUAAGCACACAGGCUUAGUGCCAGUUAGGCUGCCAGUUAGGCUGGGGAAACUAAUUGAUAAAACUCAGAAAACGCAUAACUGGCACGAGGAACACGGUAGGAGCACAGAGGCUAAGCAAAAAGAAAAAAACUGCUACAACUGGUCGAUCUCGACCUGAAUCCCCAAAUAAGCACACAGGCUUAGUGCCAGUUAGGCUGCCAGUUAGGCUGGAGAAACUAAUUAAUAAAACUCAGACAACGCAUAACUGGCACGAGGAACACGGUAGGAGCACAGAGGCUAAGCAAAAAAAAAAACUGCUACAACUGGUCGAUCUCGACCUUAAUCCCCCAAAUAAGCACACAGGCUUAGUGCCAGUUAGGCUGCCAGUUAGGCUGGAGAAACUAAUUAAUAAAACUCAGACAACGCAUAACUGGCACGAGGAACACGGUAGGAGCACAGAGGCUAAGCAAAAAAAAAAACUGCUACAACUGGUCGAUCUCGACCUGAAUCCCCAAAUAAGCACGCAGGCUUAGUGCCAGUUAGGCCGGGGAAAUUUAAUAAAACUGUGAUCAACGUAUAACUGGGACCGGGAACACUUCAGGAGCACAGAGGCUGAGUGCCAGGAAAACUGGGAAUUAUCUCCACUAAUGUACCCAACAAGGCACGUAGCCCAAUAACCAGUAAGACUGCCAUAAAAGGCUAGGGCGGGACAUUGAGGGUAAACAAUGAAUAACGACCCUGGCUAGAGGUCUGUAACAUUGCCUGCAACCUAACUGCGUCAAACGAGACUUACGUCGCCUCCUAAAAAGAGCGGUUCCGGGACAGCUGACCUAAGCAUACAUGGAAACUAAAUAUAUCAAGUAAAGGAGCAGGUGCAAAACUGAGAUAACUAGUGUACAAGUACAUAAAAUAAGAAACGGGAAAAAGGCUGAAAACUAGCAGAGCUGAGCUACCGCUUACAAACUGAAGUAAAUGCGGUCAGACGGAGGCCAGAAAAAACCUGCCCAAAAAAAACCCCGAAGAAAAAAAAAUGCGGGCAGGAAAUCUGGGUAGGAACCAAGGCUCAAGCUUAAAGCCCUUCCUACGGGACUUUACAAUGUAAUCGAGAAUAUGUUGCUCCUAAAAAUAAAUAAAACAAAAAUUUAAGAAAAACCAAGGAGAGGUUGGUCCGUAAGCCUAGAUGACGAACACGUGAUAUACGCAGCCUUAUAUACCCCCGAUAUGGCUACCCAUGGUGCACCCGGCCUAGUACCCAGGCCCUGUUGUAUCUCGUGCCGUCAAAAUAUUUAUUUCUGCCUUCUUCGCGGGCUCGUUCGUCAGAAAUAACAUAUUUUGACUCCACUACACAACAUCAACAGACAAAACGUAAUGGCAAAUAAGUUUAUUUUGGGACGGCUUGGCGAGAACCAACCCUACAAAGUACGUAGAGUGACAAAGUAUUGGGCGAAAUGACAAAUGAAAGCUCCUAGAGCCCAAGAAACUUGGAAACUGAAAGCCUUUUUUCUAGGUCAUCAUCGGUAGGCGCCCUUGGCUAGAACGGACUUUCAGCGGCCGAGCCACUGAAACACACUGUCACAAACCCCAUGAUAAGCAGCGAAGGUGGCCCCUCACGAACGCAAGGAAUAUAAACCAAAAGUGGAAGAGUCAACCCCGACAAUUCUCAGGUCCUUGCGAAAAGCCUCUCUAAUUGUGGUAUAGCUGAUAGGCUCGUUCUGGGAAACUAACUAAAAAGAGUUGUUCCCGCGAAACAUGGGGCAAAAAUGAGAUCCCCAGAGCUAAAGGGGAUGGAAAAAAGAGCAAGGUACCUCUUUAGAAGCUUGACAGGACAAGCAGGGCCAAACAUUUCCGAAAAAAUCACUUCGAGUCAUCGUCCUUACAAAGUUGGUCGUUCUUGCUUUUGAGAACCUUAAUGAUCAUGAAACCCUCACAAAGAAAAUAUAAUACCCCCUAAUUAUGGAGACCUCAUCAAACCUAAAAUCGUUUUGAAAACACACCUAGCCCCUUCAAUAAUCGAGUUAUCCCUGGGAGAGGGGAAACCCGCCAUGGUAUGAACCCAUUUAAUACCAUAAACAUCCGAGUCUACGACGCACGGGGAGUGCGACUCUUCAAUGAGGUGUUGCAAAUACAAGGCAACAUGGCAGGGACUGGCAGGACAGGCCCAGGAAUGAAGCUUACUGGCAGCAAAACAUUUUUACUUGCGAGAAGCACGAAGGUACACCACUGUCGUACUAACUGCCUUUAUAACAUAGCUAGAAAAUUCGCCUAAUCAAAUUCAAUAGCGCGAGCGUGCUUCAUAUUCCUAUUGAGCACGCUGAUGACGUCAAUAAACUAUUCGUAAUUCCUCGAGUUGUUGUGAGCUUAGCAAUCCUGAGUCUCUUGAGUGCAUCCAUAACUCAGCAAUAGACAAUGAAGCGUUUACCAUGUGUUUUGUAAAGAAAUUUAAGAGGAAACGUUUGAAUUUGUUAACCGAUAGUAAGGAAAAGAGGUGAGUGUUGUUGUUGUUGUUGUCAUCUCCGCGAGCUGUGCGGGCUAUGGCGUGAGCUCAUUCUUUGCAAAGUUGUUUUCUCUCAAUAACAAUUUUUCGGUAAAUUAAUAGUUUUCCGGCACCUAAAUAUGGAUUUUACAAUCAUUUUAGAGUACACUUUCUCUCAGUUUCAGGAUAAAAACAUAAGAUUAACUGUGAGGAAAAAAGAUAUAUUCACGUAAACAUUGACGCGUACUGCUUUGAGCGCGCCCUUCAAUAAUAAAAUUUUCAGUUAACUGCUGCAUUGAUCGCUUUGAUAAUGUUAUAAAACAAUUAGUUCAUGCUGCAGCUGUGCGUAUGUCGAGAUAUUGAGCACUUGGGAAGUUUGGAGAGCACUCAAGAGGCUAGAGUUGCACUCGGCUGCGCCUCGUGCAACUCUUACGCCUCUUUCGUGCUCUCCAAACUUCCCGCGUGCUCAAUAUCUCGACAUACGCACGCUGACGCAUGAACUAAUUGUUAAUUGAGGAGAGAACCGUCGAUUGCAUUGUAGACUGUCUGUCAGCCUCAGGGUUCAACCCUCUGGUGGGAAAUUCUGGGGCCCGCGCUAGAAACCAGAGCGGAAUAUAUCUGAAAAGUAAUCGAAAAUACAAAAGAAAAUGUGAGGAUCACGCAAUAAAAAAGAAAAAAAACACCGGAAAAGGGAAGUGGGGGGUCAAAAGGCUACAUGCAAAAACCUAAUGGGUCCAAACCUAAAGGUACGCAUAACACGCGUGUAGAGGCACAGGCAACACUUUCCGUCAGGCGGCGUAGAGCAGAAGCCCGCCAGGGACGAGGGAGGUGUGGGGCGCCGAAAACAAACUCGAAGCGCUAUGACGCCAAAAAAUAAAGGCCUGGUUCUGAAAAGGGAAUUACGGACCUUCCCUGGAACAAAUAAUCCCUGGAACUUAAGCAAUAAAACCCAGUCCACAACAAAACUAUUCCAAUGCACUCCAUCUCUAGUAGAAACAUUUCAGAAAAUAGCUGACUUCCAUACGUGAGGAAUAAGGGCUCCUGUGAGCGCGCAGAGCCCAAUGUGUCUGAUAUACAUGACUCUGACAAUGAGGCAAACAGGUGGGCCAAGCCAGUUGUUGUCCUAUCCCCAAUUUUGAGCGAAGGCAUAAACAGCCUAACAGCCUGGCUGAAAAAAUAGAGAGUUAAGCCAAGGCAACUCGCCGUUGUAACUACAGGCGAACCUGUCAAUAAUGUAAGGACCUAAGAGGUGAUUUAGCCCUAGCAAAACAAAAUCGUUGAGGCCGUAACCAUCGAAGUCAACGAGCUUGCAGAUACAGACCGCACUAGCGUUCAGGUCCCUAGGGAUCCACUUGACCUCGAACGAAAUACAAUGACGGGAGCAAAUUUGAAAAGCAACUAGGGCUAAAUUCUUUGAGAUCGCAUUUCCUGCUGCCGUCGCGGAGAAUGGAUACGACGUUCUGGUUGUCAGAAUACCAAAAAACCUUGGAAUUAGAUGAAGGGCUCGCGAAGGCUAGUAAGGCAAGACAAACCGCUUUGAGCUCUCUUCAAGUCGAUCUACGAACACUUUCCGACCAAUUCUGAUAAAAAUCAACUCAGGUUCAGACUCACUUAAACGCCGCAGGCUGAAUCGGAAGCAUCGGAGAAGCCGGAGCUUACUCUCACUGGAAGCGAACUGGAACCCCUCGGUAAAUUUUGCCGUAGAGAGGCUAACAUAAUUCGACGAAAAUUCAAUUUCAUACAAAGAAUCAACGGACAGGAAAACCUAGCUAUCCCAGGAAACAGCUGAGUAAACAACUGAGAAAAGCAAUCGGGCCAUAAUGCACGCGACGGAUCCCACGCUACUCGAGACGGAAAUACUAUGGGCGGCUACACACGGGACGCGUAAAACGUGGACUGUGGUGGACGACUAAUAUGAAGACAAAGCCGCCAGGUCGCGAGGCAAUUUAGCAAUGCGUUCAUCCGUGGCUCUAAUACUUCCAUCCAGAGUGUUAUAUUGAGAUGAACGCGAAGCCACUAGAAAAUUCGAACGGGCUCCCACAGGGACUUUUCCUCAUAGGAAUUCGAACAAAGCGAGACUAAAGCAAAUCGGCAUGGACAGCCCGCAAACUGUAAAUUAAGGCCUGAACGCGAUAGGCUCCUCCUCCUAUAGCUAGACCAUAGUCAAGAAAAAUGGCAAUAGGGAUACCUUGGCUUCUUCUAGAUUUCUGAAGCGGUUUGAGGGAGGCUAACAAGAACCCAAAGGGGAGCGCGCAAAGUAGAAAAUACCUAAAAACCCAGGUGCCGAGAUCCCAGAUGAACGCAAGGAAAAACUGGUGAUCAGGGAAAAGUACGAUAACCGCACUAGAGGUAAAAUAUGAAUAAAUAAAAACCCAUAUCAAAAAUAUAAGUGGCCAUGGACAAGUCUUCGCACUUGAAUUUCUGUUUGAAGAAAAAAGUGCAAACGUGCCUAAAAUCCAGGAUUAACCUUUGUUAGCCGGAGCGGCGCGUCAAACAGAAAGCGGGUAAAUGAUAUUGGAAUGCAAAAAUUUUUAAAAGGAGGUUGAGGCUGGGAAGCUCAUUAACAGCUACGGACAAAAAGAACUGUAAACACGUGCAGAGGCAUUGUAGGAUUUGUAAAAAAACAUAAAAAGCUGGAAGAAGGGAAUUUGUAACUAAGACUAAAAACAUUCAAAAUGAACAGAGAAACUAGCAAAGUAUGCCAGAAAUAGAUAACUGUGAAAAAUCUUCCCCAAACUGAAGGCAGAAUAGAAAUAUAAACGGUACACUCAGAGCACUAAACCGCGCCUAAAACUAGCGGGGUGAACGUCAGAAGAAACUGGUAUAAUAUCGAGACAAUCCUGAUCCAUAUUACGGCUUGCCGCCUAAAAAAUUCAGUACUAAAUUAGAAUAGACUGCACCUGAUUGUUGUCCUUCAUCUAGCCAUUUGGGAGUUUGGAAUGUUUGGCUUGUCCAUCGUCGGGUAACAGGAACGCUUUCCACGGGCAAAACAGGUCCCGACACUGGGUCGUCGAGAAGGCGAAAAUUAAAACAGGAACGUUUGACAUGAGGCUGGGGUUGCAUAUGUGAAGUUGAGGUGGACGCCGGCGUUCCCACUGGCGAGGAUCUGUUUUUGAGUGGUCUUCUUCUUCUUACGGGCCUAGUACGCUACACGGCCGCAAAAUUCUGCACUGUGGAUCCUUUAAAACUGGUUUUCGUUGGCCUUCUUCUUGAACUUACGUGGUUCGUUAUACUUUAGUUUCUUAAUUUCCUUCAUCUGCUGCUCGGCCAAAUAUUCAUUAGCGCGCUUGAUUUGACCAACGGUUUCUGUUAACAAAACUUUAAACGAGUCCAUUAACUGUUUGUUAUUCUCCUCAAUGAGAUCGGACACUUCGUCUUUGCUGACGGAUAUAACGCAAGAAAGAGCCGAUAAGAACGUUAAGAAAAACCAAGGAGAGGUUGGUUCGUAAGCCUAGAUGACGAACACGUGAUAUACGCAGACUUAUAUACCCCCGAUAUGGCUACCCAUGGUGCACCCGGCCUAGUACCCAGGCCCUGUUGUAUCUCGUGCCGUCAAAAUAUUUAUUUCUGCCUUCUUCGCGGGCUCAUUCGUCAGAAAUAACAUUUUUUGACACUUUUGAUUGACCUUUCGUUUCCCACCCUGGGGAAUUUGAUCAAAAAAUUUUAAAAUUUGUCAAAUCCCCACCCCUUGCCCCUCCCCCACGGGGUUUACUUUGAUAGGUGCAUUACUUCGGCGGAGCGCGAAGUAAAGGAUUCGCGACGCUCAGGAAUGUAUCAAAGUUGACUCUUUUGGGACAAGAUUGGGCGCGCAAAGUCUGUAGGUUUUCAAUUUUAUUCGGCUAUUUGACGACGUGAGAGCCGAAUCAGUUCGAGAUAUCUCGAGAUCACUUCGAUUUCUUUGAUUUAUUCUUUAACUUAUUCGAGGAAGAAAGAAUUAUUUUUUGGGCGUGGCCCAAAUAGAGUAAUGGAAACGGCUUGUUUUGAUGCAAAAGUGCAAUAGGCAGGCAAUACGUGCUAACGUAAACAAGGCAAGUAAGCAAGCCAAGCGAGGUGAAUGUCUGCCAUGCGAACGUCUUGUACAAGGUAAGAGACAUGUGCGAAAGAAAGCUCUGGUGGCAAGGUACUUUGUCCUACUUUUAUGAUCUCAAAAAUCAAUCUGAAUCUUCAGUAUUUUUACCUCAUCUAAAUUUGGAACUUUGAAGUCCGGGGAUAAAAUUUGUUAAAAAUAUUCGUACUAUUAACGGGUUUUCGUCACAAUAAGACUUUGAGCGAUGUUAAAUUGUUUUGAGAGGUCGAGAACGAAAGGAGAUGUUGCUAAAAAUGUUUGACUUGCAGCCUAGAGAGAUUAAAAUAAAGAUUACAAAUACAUUUAGGAAUUGUUAAAUGAACUUAAAAGGAAUUGGUUUAUGGUCGGUACGAAAGGAGCAUUUUAGUAUAUUCACGUGCGUGUUUGCUCGUGAGUGUCAAAGUCACGUUUGUGGGAAAAGUUGGGGUAAGAUUUGUGCGUGUUGUCACGUGGAAUUUUUUCCUGAGUAAAGGAUUGCAGUAUGUACUCUGUUUGUGCAGGUUAAUGUACACUGUUGUUCAAGAGUUUAUCUUGAUGAUCUUGUCUGACAUAUCGAAAUGUACGAAUCAAUGUGAUUUGUUAGGGUGGGCCCUUUACGAACGAUGUGUAUUCUAUCUUGUGUGACAUUUGUUUGACGAGAGGAUCGAAAUGCACCAAUCAUGGAGAAAGAAUUGUAAUUGCAUGUUUCCUAAGAGGGCAUAUGAAUUUGUUGUUUUCAUGUCCAUUUUGUUAUUGAGUGUAAAAGUCACGUUUGUGGGUAAAGUGGAGAUAAUAUUUAUGAUUCAAACAAUGUGUGUUGUCACGUGGAUGGUGUUGUUGGGUAAACCAUUGCAGUAUGUACUCUGUUGGCGUAGGUCACUGGGCUUUUCAAAAACUCGCGACCUCUGAAGCUCAAAAGCCACCAGCACAUUUACGUUUUAAUUUUCGCUGCCGUUUAUCAUCAUUAUGAUCACAAGCAACGAACCUUGAAACACAGAAAGUCGCAAAACGGAUCGAAACCCACCAAUUACAAAUCACAAACCAUGACCUUUUGAACCCGUUGAAGAAAACUUGUGUUUCCUAAGAGGUCCGUUAAGAUGAUUGGCGUCUGACAUUUUUUCGACGAGAGGAUCGAAAUGCACCAAUCAUAGAAAGACAAUAGACCUUGUCACGGUUUUCGACGCCAUCUUGACGAGUAGGCAAACGUGUGAGAAAUUACAGUGUUUGUAUGAGAAUCUAUAAAUGUCGAAUAAUUUCCGUAAAACGGCUGUUCUCAAAAAAAAUAUCAAGUCUAAACUAAAGAUACAAAGCAAAGGAUUGUCCUAAAAAAAUGUUGAGGACGUAUCUGUGCUUAGAUUUCUCCAGAGGCUUGCUUUAGAUUUUCCAUAUAUAUGUCUGUAAUUUUCCCGGAACUUUCUUACAGACAAAUGUACAGAAAAUUUAAAUUUUAACGCCCUCAAUUUUUUUCAGUAGAAUUCUUGGGAAGCUUUAGUUUACAAAUCAUAUUUUUGUCAGAACAGCCGUUCUACGGAAAUUAUUCGACAUUAGAUUCUCAUACAAACACUGCAAUUUUUCACGCGUUUGCCUACUCGUCAAGAUGGCGUCGAAAACCGUGACAAGGUCUAUUUUAAUUGCGAGUUUCCUAAGAGGUCAUCUGAAUGUGGUUAAUCCAAUGCGGGACGAUUUAGAUUUCGUUUGAUUCGAAAUUUUUCAAAGCGGCAGGAAGAAGCAGUUUGGAUAAAAUUUGGCGACGCUGUUUCGAGGAACGUGUCAAUAUAUUGUUAAAGUAUCUUACAGAUGCACACACUGUUCGCGGUAGGCCCACACUAAAUGCAGAAGAACCAAACCAAUCACAAAGCGUGGGAACCUGCAUUGUGAUUGGUUAAUCCUUCCGCUUCUGCUUCCGACUCCAACAAUCUGGUUUUCACUAGAUCAUAAGCGAAACGUUACCGACGGAGUCGUAAGCGGAGUCGGAAGAAAAUGAAAACGCCCCGAUUCUUCUGACUCCGAUUCCGCCGCGCUUAUGACUCUCCUUACGACUCCGAUUUUUGAUUUUCACUAGGUCAUAAGCGCUCUUACGACUCCGCUUACGACUCCGACUCCGACUCCGUCGCUAGUGAAAACCAGCCUUAAGGGUUUGAAGAGAGGAAUGUGUAUCAAGUUUGAGAGUCUAAAGAUUUGUAUGGCUGGAAAAUUCAUUGUAGAAACCGAUCAUGCUAAUUUGAAAUGGUUGUGCUCUAUUGCUCCCCAUAAAGACAAGCUACGGCACGCUGGGUAUCCUCACUUGCUGAAUACGAUUUUGAACUACGUCACCGCCCUGGUCGCGGUAACGCACUCCUGUUGCCCUUUCACGUUACGCCGUAACCCAGUUUAUCCCGUCUGAGAACAAUGUUUCAUCUGCCACUUUUGUUGACAUAUUGCCACCGGUCGACGUGUGAGCUUACUUGGUCACUUCACUGGGACUAACUCCAUACUACUUCGUCCCUCUUACGCCUACCAUCUCAUCUUCUUUGAAGAGGGCCCUUGUCCUAACAACGGUAGAUACAAGCACUUCUCGCCCCACCAAAGCAGAGCAUCUCUCAACUACCAGUCAGACAACAGAACCCCUUACUCUCCUGUGAUCCAACAGACAAGACUUCAUGACUCUUCAACUCCAAGACUCAACCUUAAAGCUCAGCCACAAGUAUCUAUCAGCCGGAAGUAAGAAGUCUGUCCUUCAUGGCUUGUCGUCCCGCGAACAAACUUGCAUUCAAAACCUGGCACGAAGAUGUCUUAUUUUGGAAGGACUUGUUAUGUAUUCAGACGAAUUUCCUGACGACCCUGGCGACCUUCGUAUCUUCGUUCCCCACAGCAAAGACUUGAAGUCCCAGUUACUGCGUUCGUAUCAUGACUCGCCAGUCGGGAUGCACAAAGGACGAGAUAAUACCUACCACGCCCUCGUUGGAGAUUUCCAUUGGAGAGGGAUGGGGAAGGCAACGAAGCGCUGGGCUGCAAGAUGACGAGAAUGCCUUAAGCAGAAUCCCGCCGAUCGGCAACAUGCACUCAUGCAUCCUCGGUUCUACGACAAACCAAUGAAAGUACUUAAAAUUUACUUUGCUGGACCAUUCCGAAAUCUGUCAACGGAAACCGCUAUAUUUACCGCCGUCUGCCCAUUCUCUCACUUCCUGGUAGCAAUACCAACGGCAGGUCGGAGUGCUACUUCAGCUGCAACGACAUUGUUUGAUAAUGUAUUCCUUAAACUAGAUUUUCCUGCCACUCUUCUCAGCGACCGAGGAGUAGAGUUCUUAAACGCUGUACUACAUAAAGUCUCUAGACUCUUGUCCAUUAAACAAGUGUUUACAUCCAGUUAUUGCCCUCGAGCUAAUGGCGCUGCAGAACGUGUUCACCGCUUCAUGAAUUCGGCUCUUGUUAUUUUUGCGUCCAAAUGGCAAAAAUAAUGAGAAGACUACUUGCAGCCAGCUGCAGUGUACUCGCACAACACCUCGGCUAUCAACGGCACUGAUGGUAUAACACCAUUCUUCCUCAUGUUUGGCCGUAAAUCAACAUCACCUGAGACAGUUGCUCUUCAGUUCCUAAGCAAGCCAAUCACCAACAACGAAAGUAGAAGUAGACGGGGGUUCUACGCAGUGGUGGAGGUGGUGGAGUGACGUCACAAUAGCUCAGGGGAUUAAAAUGAUGAGAUCAUCAUCUAAAAAUAGAAAGGUAUUCUGUAUAACAAUCUAGGGAGUUGACGUCAUCAAAAAACGAUGAGAUCAUCAUCAAAAUUAUCAUUUAAUAUGGUAACUGGUGAGAUGACAUCAUCAGCUUAAAUUAGAAAGGGUUUUUUGACAUGAUCAGCUAUUUUCUAUAGUCUAUGACAUCAUUAUUUAUUUUUUAUCUUUUUAAGACCAUAUAAAUGAAGGUCAUUAUAAUUAUUAAAUAUGGUUGUCAUCCAAAACGAAAAUGCGUAUUAUUCAGUCUUUCAUAAGAAUAAAGUUUAAUCAUUAUCGUAUGAUCGCGAGGGCCAUAGUUCCCCCCUCGAGAGAAGUAACGUCUCUCCAGAAAACAUUUUGCGACCUCCCAGGGUCAACAGUUUCCAAGCUGAAAGAACUCCAUUCUGAAGUAUUUCUAAAAGUCAAUUUGGGCAGACUCUUGGUGUUCUUGAAAUUUGCAGAGGAUCUGGAACUGACGCAAGAAGAAUGGGGACAAUUAUAUGCUGUUAUUUAUCCCACUUUAAUAUCUCAAAUCUGAGAGCAGUUAUAUAAGGCCAUGAUGUCAGCAGUAAAAUCAUUGAAGACUCGAACAUUGCGAAGUGAUUAGAGCGAUGGGUUGUUGUCCACCAUCGACCACGUUUGGACAUCAUUAGUCAGUUAAUUAUGCGAGUUCGCAAGCCCACCGUUGCAUACAAAUUAGUUCAGCUCUGCAGGAAAAAUCCCAAGAGAGAACCUUCAAGUGACUUAUUAUUAUAAAAACAAUAAAAACAAAAUAACCUAACAAGGAUCAAUUGAAACACGCGACUUACAAUUGCGAGCAAUAAAAUUUUUAAAAAACUUUAUUAAAACCAAUAACAAAAAGAGUCAAAAUACACAGCGAUUUGAGAGGAAAAGGAAUGAAAAUUAAUCCUUUGACUGACUAUUACAAAUUCGUUUUCUCCGUUCUAUUACGAGGAAUAAUAAAUAAUCCUUCCCUGUCUACGCAAUUUUCCUAUAGCCUCUAAGCGAAGAGUUCGACUUUCUUUGUUUCUUUCGGUUUGUCUUGUUCUUUGUAGUUGUUCCUUUAGCUUUUGCUUUAAAAGAGGCUUUAUUUCUUCGUGAUCUUGACAGUUCGUACACCGUUUCUUGUGUCUGUACUGGACUGCCAGUACUAGUUGAGUGAUUUUUUCCGGAAUUAUCCGCUUCACUUUCGUAAACGACAACUUUAACUUUAGGUUGCAGUUUCGCCUCUUGUAAAUACUGUCUUCGCUGUAUGUGGUCUAACUGAUGAACAUCCGCGAGAUGGUUAGCUAAUCUGACAAGGUACUUCGCCCCGCACCAUGAAAUCGGACAGUUUCUGCAAACUCUCUUGUAAACCAUGUUCAAAAACCUGUUGACAGUUCGAUGGCUGAACACAAAUGACUUCUAUUUCGCAAAUAUUCAGGUUAUACAGAGUAUUAGAAAGGCCAAACACAGGCCCGAAAGGCCAUAACCAGGCCAGAAAGGCCAAAACCAGGCCAAAAGAGACAAAAGGAGACAAACGGGCCAUUUUCAGUCAUGUGCCUUUUUUCUCGUACACACGCGUGGGUGUCGCGCGUCGCUAGUCACGCAACAGCUUUCAAUAUUGGAAUCAUCAUCUUUAUUAAGUGUAAUCACAAAUAACAGUGCCUAAUUAAAAAGUUUUGUUCUUCCUUUAGUAAUUGGUAUUUCAAAUUUCAGAUUUGCUAUUUAUUGCACAAGUUUACUGUUAUUGGUAUUAUGAUCAAGUCAUCAAUAGUUUGGUUGUUUACAGUUUUUAUUGAAAUGCAACAAUACAAAGGUCCAGGGAAUAAAAAAUUUUGUAAUUCAUAGCCAGUCUAGUCUUGAUAUUCGUUUGGCCCUUUUUACCUUCGUUUGGCCUUUUUAGCCUUGCUUUGGCCCAUCUGAUCUUCGAAAUAACUGGUCGAUGUAAGUUCGAUUAUUAUUUAGCUUAGUAACCCCGCCUUCACCCAUUUUCUAUAAAAGAGACGUGUUACUUUCUGAUGUUUGGUUUCCUAUCAGAACGCGUGCGGUUCAAACCAAAAAGAUGUGGAACAGUGACCUCCAUUACAACCUUAUUCAAAAAGGUGCUGGAAAUUAUGAAGACAGCGAAGAAAGCGAAGAAAGCGAAGUCUCUAGCCAAGGAACGGAGUCUUCCCAAGAAGAAACAGAAAGCUUAGAGCCUUGGUCACGCAUAUUUGAUGAAGCCGAGAAACGCCAUGAGACUCAGCUCAACGCAUUGAUCAGUGAGUACGAAGGGAACAGAGAUUCAGAAAAUGUGGCCCGCGUGAAAGCCGAGAACGCUCUUCUUCCUGUUUACAGAAAAGAGCUGAGAAAAGUACUCUUAGAGAAUCUACAGUGGAUGCGUGCAAUGAAAAAGGAUCCCACCUUCAAAAAAGUGAUGGAAACUCAAAAAGAGCUUAAAGACACAGAAGGAUUUGACUGGUUGGAAUCGACAGAACUUGCUAUCGAUAAGCGAAAAUUCUUACUAAAUCGAUUGUACCAAAAGCAGCCCAUUCCAAAAGAUCAAGACUAGACCUACUAUGAAUGUUACAGAAUUUUUUAUUUCCUGGACCUUUGUAUUGUUGCAUUUCAAUAAAAACUGUAAACAACCAAACUAUUGAUGACUUGAUCAUAAUACCAAUAACAGUAAACUUGUGCAAUAAAUAGCAAAUCUGAAAUUUGAAAUACCAAUUACUAAAGGAAGAACAAAACUUUUUAAUUAGGCACUGUUAUUUGUGAUUACACUUAAUAAAGAUGAUGAUUCCAAUAUUGAAAGCUGUUGCGUGACUAGCGACGCGCGACACCCACGCGUGUGUACGAGAAAAAAGGCACAUGACUGAAAAUGGCCCGUUUGUCUCCUUUUGUCUCUUUUGGCCUGGUUUCUGGCCUGGUUAUGGCCUUUCGGGCCUGUGUUUGGCCUUUCUAAUACUCUGUAUAACCUGAAUAUUUGCGAAAUAGAAGUCAUUUGUGUUCAGCCAUCGAACCGUCAACAGGUUUUUGAACAUGGUUUACAAGAGAGUUUGCAGAAACUGUCCGAUUUCAUGGUGCGGGGCGAAGUACCUUGUCAGAUUAGCUAACCAUCUCGCGGAUGUUCAUCAGUUAGACCACAUACAGCGAAGACAGUAUUUACAAGAGGCGAAACUGCAACCUAAAGUUAAAGUUGUCGUUUACGAAAGUGAAGCGGAUAAUUCCGGAAAAAAUCUCUCAACUAGUACUGGCAGUCCAGUACAGACACAAGAAACGGUGUACGAACUGUCAAGAUCACGAAGAAAUAAAGCCUCUUUUAAAGCAAAAGCUAAAGGAACAACUACAAAGAACAAGACAAACCGAAAGAAACAAAGAAAGUCGAACUCUUCGCUUAGAGGCUAUAGGAAAAUUGCGUAGACAGGGAAGGAUUAUUUAUUAUUCCUCGUAAUAGAACGGAGAAAACGAAUUUGUAAUAGUCAGUCAAAGGAUUAAUUUUCAUUCCUUUUCCUCUCAAAUCGCUGUGUAUUUUGACUCUUUUUGUUAUUGGUUUUAAUAAAGUUUUUAAAAAUUUUAUUGCUCGCAAUUGUAAGUCGCGUGUUUCAAUUGAUCCUUGUUAGGUUAUUUUGUUUUUAUUGUUUUUAUAAUAAUAAGUCACUUGAAGGUUCUCUCUUGGGAUUUUUCCUGCAGAGCUGAACUAAUUUGUAUGCAACGGUGGGCUUGCGAACUCGCAUAAUUAACUGACUAAUGAUGUCCAAACGUGGUCGAUGGUGGACAACAACCCAUCGCUCUAAUCACUUCGCAAUGUUCGAGUCUUCAAUGAUUUUACUGCUGACAUCAUGGCCUUAUAUAACUGCUCUCAGAUUUGAGAUAUUAAAGUGGGAUAAAUAACAGCAUAUAAUUGUCCCCAUUCUUCUUGCGUCAGUUCCAGAUCCUCUGCAAAUUUCAAGAACACCAAGAGUCUGCCCAAAUUGACUUUUAGAAAUACUUCAGAAUGGAGUUCUUUCAGCUUGGAAACUGUUGACCCUGGGAGGUCGCAAAAUGUUUUCUGGAGAGACGUUACUUCUCUCGAGGGGGGAACUAUGGCCCUCGCGAUCAUACGAUAAUGAUUAAACUUUAUUCUUAUGAAAGACUGAAUAAUACCCAUUUUCGUUUUGGAUGACAACCAUAUUUAAUAAUUAUAAUGACCUUCAUUUAUAUGGUCUUAAAAAGAUAAAAAAUAAAUAAUGAUGUCAUAGACUAUAGAAAAUAGCUGAUCAUGUCAAAAAACCCUUUCUAAUUUAAGCUGAUGAUGUCAUCUCACCAGUUACCAUAUUAAAUGAUUAUUUUGAUGAUGAUCUCAUCGUUUUUUAAUGACGUCAACUCCCUAGAUUGUUAUACAGAAUACCUUUCUAUUUUUAGAUGAUGAUCUCAUCAGUUUAAUCCCCUGAGCUAUUGUGACGUCACUCCACCACCUCCACCACUGCGUAGAACCCCCCGUCUACUUCUACUAACGAAUAUGCAAAGCAUUUAAUUCAAAUGAUUUCAGCGCCACAAAAACUAUUUCCUAGCAUCAAAAAGGACUUAAGGAGGAGGUAACGAGAUUAUAACGAUUUGUCUGCUAACGUUACAGAAUUUUCUGUCGGACAACAGGUCCUAGACAGGGAACCACCUCCUUCAAACGUAGAAAAGGGAUCAGCCACUAAACUCAUCCGAAAAUACGCUGGACCUUAUAUCGUCGGCGAGCAUCUGAGGAAUAGUGAUCUUAAUCGUCUACGGCACGUCAUUACCAAUGAAGAAUUACCUCCUACUGACGUUGACAAGCUGAUACCAGUUCCAGAAGCCGAACCUGGGGAACUAAGAGAAUCCUGCGCACAAGGAGCAUCUCUUCCUGCUCAAUCAAGGGGGAGAGAGGAACAAUACAAACCUGGUCAAUUCAUCAUAUACCUUCCCAAGAGCAACAAUCAAGCAGACGAGGGGAUUUCGCUCAAACUGGCUCAGUAUCUAGACCCCCUAGGCAAGGUUCCAGUUAGUGAAGCUCGCAAGCAUCUGUACUCUGUUUACCCAGCAGCCAAGCAAAUUCUCGCCAAACUUGGAAGAAUGCGCGGUCUCACAGCACAUUGCCGAUACUUAUCUCUCAAAGAGAUCCCUCUGGAGGAGCGUAUUAUCUAGUCUUAGAACAAGCUGCGUAUCGACGGCCUCACACCCAUCAAGGGAUCCUGGUUGGAGAAAUUGUGGAAGCCGGUGAAGUCCAAGUCGCUGUUGUAGUUCACACCUAUGGUCCUACUGGACGUCGCACAAGACUUGCGAAAGCUCGCAUUUGGAAACCUGUCUACAACCACGAUUUGUCAGAGAAAUCCGUCCCUACGGACAAAGACAAGCGCUUGAUGGACUAUAGCCCAGACUUUGAUGCGCUGAGUUUAGGCAAACUAUUACAGUACAAGACACUCUGGAGCAAUUGUUGUCUGUUAGAGACAUGGACGAAGCAGUGACAAAGUUAUUUGUUAGCAUUAGGUCGUUGCACGUUUAGAGACUAAACUACGCUCGAGCUUAAUCGUGGUUUUAGAUGCUUAAAAUAUGUGCAUCUAGUUUUAGGACCUUAAGCAUUUGAGUCUAUUUUAUUGUACUUUUCCUAGCUCCUAUUAGAAGGGAAGGAAGUAGCCGUUUUUCCUUACACCAUUAUGUCAUAUGCUCGUUUAUGGAAAGCGUAGGUCACGUAGUGAGAGAUUAAAAAGAGUUCUGGUUGUUGUUGUGAUCGAGUUGGCGCGAUAUGUUUCGCCUAUUUUCUAACCGCCACACUUGGCCGGGAGAGGGAGAGAAGCGAAGGGAUCGCGAACGACCUCGGACGUCUGAGAAUCAGGCUACUGGGGGCCCAGAACAAGGAUUUUGGCGCUGCUUCGCAGACGUUACCAACCCGAGGUCGAAUUACGUCUGCGACGCAGGCUUUUGUAAACUGAUUAUCUUAGGUUGUUAACAUUCCCUUGAACGCUAGAGAUCCAACCCAACAUCAAACGCUUUUUAACCCAACGCUGUCCUGCUUGAAUGUUGAAUGUGUUUUUACAUUUUUAUUCUAUAGGGUAUGCCCCUGUGACAGUCAUUACUUAUCUCGACAAGCUGAGAGACGAGGAAGACAAAAGCAACGCUUUUGACAUGGCUUCGUGGGCGAUUGGUAGUUCCAGCGAAAGAACCUUCUUCAUUUCGAAUUACAUGCAUUUUAACAGCGACAGGUGCUUGACCGUGGACCGAACGGCUCUCGACGUCUUGGACUUUUCCUUGCUUUCUGCUGAAAGGUUCAUACGGAUCAAAAAGCAGCAAGAGAAAAAUCAGAUGGAAAGGGAAAUUGCGGCUGCAGGUAAUUUCUUCGGCGGUGGCUCAAGCCGCCACUUUUUUCUUCCGUUUGUUUUCACUACAAUCUUUUUGUAAAGGAACAAUUCAGCAGUGUCGUGACCAAGCUCUUUGAAGUAUUUUCCAAUCGAAUCUCUCAUUAAGGAGGCGCAUCUUUAACCGAAUGUGUUAAUCAAAUGUCGGUCAACAAAUGACAUACACUUAAUGACUUGCCAGAGGGAAACAGUUUUGAUUUGUUUCUAAUGAAGAAAAACUUGUACAAAUAUAUGAAGUAAAUAUCUGCAAGCGGUCAACUUUUGAGUGGGAAACAGCGUAUUUACCCUCUGACGUCACAGGUUUUGCAAUAUUGCCCCGUCAGGAACUUUCGCGGGGAAAACGUUUCUAUCGUUAGAUAUCAUGUGACCUUGAAGUAACCAAUGAGAGGGUGCCCUUCACAAUCAUUAAUAUACAACCUCCAACUAUCAGUUUCUCUAGUGCCCUUUGCUUCAUCUUUGAUCUUCUUCAUAUUCCUUGUGUGGAGCCCAUAAAAUUUCCUAAUUCGGAGCGUAGAGAGUUUGUAAUCUCGUCGCUCGUGCGCAGCCUGCUAACCGCGCGUGGUCUUAGCCAGCUGCAAAACUCGAUGCCCCAUAAAUAAAUAAAUAGAUAAAUAAAUCUUUCUAUGACUAUAUGCUUGGUGUACACCCGCCAAUGUCGUCAUGUAGCGUUACGUCAUGGAGUAUUUUGCGUUUCCAGGCUACAAAGACUUUGCCGCCGAUGACCAGGCCGCAUUUUCAUGUUUUAUUCAUGAAAGGCUGAUGUGUUUAGUCAUCGUCUGUGGAAUAAUGUUUACGAUCGGUGAAUCACAAGCAAUUUCUCAUGCAAAUGACACAGAACCGCUAGGACAGCAAGCGGCUGCAAAUCCUCGCCAAGGAAGAUUUUCCAUUGAAACUUCUCUGUAGAACGCCGAUUGAAAUUCAUCGGCGAAAGGAUCGAAGAAGACAACCGCGAAGCAGAGAGAACAUCGCUUAGCACAGCAAUGGCAACGUCGUCAACACAGCAACCACAAACAUGCACAGAGGCAGCGACAAAAUACCAUAAUUACACUGUAAACGAAACCGAUGAAGAGAGGGAACACUGACUGCCGACGCUUCAAAAAGCGACGAAAAGAUCAGGCAACGUUUGAAGUUUACAGUCAAAUUAUCUUCUUCGAUGGAGCGAUAGGCAGCAAGAGUUAUCAGGGGCUCCCAACGACUGUUUUCUUAUAUGUAAACACAGCUGUGUCUUCUAAGUCAAGCCUGGCCUCCUAUUUUCGAUGCUAUUUACUAUUCGAAAAAAACAUCUGGAUUUCGGAUCUCCUCACAAUAUUAGUGUGUGACGUGUCACCAUGCCAGGAAAAUUAAUUUUUUUCCCCGUAAGGGACAAUUUAACAAGUCAGAGAAUUUAUUCACCGAAGUUAAACAUAUUCCAUUGGAAGAAUAUUGUAUCAAGAAAUUACACGACGAGCAGAUAUAGGAAUUCCUAUGAGAUCCAUCCAUUGUGCACUUAACAUUCGCGAUAAAUUUACGCAAUAAAUAGGUGGACAGGAUGGCUGUGAUGGGAAUUUGGGCAUUUAUUUUGUGUACCAGACACAGAUGACAUAAAAAAAGAACAAAAAACUAUGAAACAAUACCAAGGAGAUUUUCACUGAGCAGAAAACAAAGAAGUCUUUUGUUUUACAUCAUCUGUGUCCAGUACACGAAGUUUUGACUGGAAUUUGGAAUCCAUUAAUAUCUGGACAAAGAGAGAUUAAUAUCUUGCACUAAGAGGUCACGCGACCAAUGCUUCCGUUUAAUAAUGAGUUGGAAUCUCGUUGAUGCCAAAAGUUGACAGAGAGCAUUAAAAUUAUCUCACUCCCGAAAUUUGAGAAGAAACGCAUUUAAGGGAGACAUUUUAUGGCACUUUGAUUUUUCAACAAAGUAGUAUGAUUUGUAUUGGCCGCCAUGUUAGAGAGCAUACUCUUGCCCUCCAACAUGGCGGCCAAAACUAUUUUUUGCUUAUAUCUUGUUAAACGUUUGAUAGUUACGCUCAGAUGUGCUGUAAACGUUAUCACAUCAUCUUUUCAACAUUUUCCUUGAAGUUUAAGUGCAAAAUUUGUGUUCAGAAAGAGGUAAUUCAUAAUUUUAAAAGUCACAUUUUGGUCACGUGAACAGCCACGAACUUACUCAUUUUAAGAUAUGAACCACUAAUCGUUUUUCGAAUUCAAAAUCAUAUAACUUUUCUUUUCAUAAAAACGAUGUCACAUGACCUCUUAGUGCAAAUGGCCUACUGUCAAUUCAUUUGGUCAGGGAAAGUAAACCUUUUUCUGUCAGUCUGGGAAUUUAAAAAACUAUGCCUCUGGCAACCACGUCUCGACAAGCUCAUGCAUGUUGAGAACUGAAACACUGAUCACCUUCAACAUUACUUGUAUGUAGACAUUUCAUACAAAUUCACUCUUGCAUGAGUGUUUGUUAAUCUCAUGCAUGUACACAGACUAGCAGUAGCCGUUGGCUAGGAAGUGUGGGCGAAACCGCUUUCAUAUGUAGGUGAAUGCCUUUCACUGCGGGUCAUAAAAACUGGAUUGAACAACACAGUAACCAGGGCUCAUAUAUAUUUAAUUCAACGAUUUUAUUUGCGGUUGAUUAGGUACAAUUAGCCUGCAAUAUUUCUGGAGCGAUCAGCUAGGAAAGACGUUUGUAUUUUAUUGGCCGGCAAAGAUACAUUGAAACAGUAAUACGUGACACAAGUAAUGCGGGUAUGCAGUCAUGCACGAAGUUUUGUUAUUCAAUCGAAUAUUGAAUCCGUGUUCAAUGACCAAAGGCCGUUGAUAUGCAAUGCAAAAUAAUGAAAUAGCUUAAACUACCACUGGAGUUUAAAGAUUAUUAAGGCUUUCGGGUGACAGGCGACGUAACAUGCUUGAAAAUGUAUAAAAAUAUAAAAACCCUGAAAAACCAUGCACUGUAGUAAAACCUGAAUAAAUUUUAUUUCUAGACUGUGCUAGCACUCCUCACCUAAAACUUGUCCGGCACUAAGCUGAGAUCAGGCUCUUUUUUUAUUUUCCUGGAUAAAUAGAUUCCAGGCUGAUAAGGCAAAUCGAAAAGUCUCCCAUUUAGUGCAGUACUUGUGUACGUAAAUUACCUGUGCUUGCGAAUCGAAUGUGAAACAAGACGCUACGGAGCGUACACUACGGCGUCGUGGUUGUGGAACUGAUUAGUUGUAAAUGAGGAGGAAUAGUAAGAAAUGAAAUAUGGUAAGAGUAAGGUGUUAAUUUGUGAAAUUAUGGAAUUUGUCAGGAUAUUCUGAAAAGAGCAACAUCCAAGAGGCCUACUUACCAAAAACUAGCAUUUCGAGGCAAAUUGUCUCUGAGAUAUUAGCCCAGUUAUGCUCUGAUGACUCCAUACAAAUCCUUCUAAAUUUGACUUGGGUCUAAACUUUUAGACGUAAGUCAAAUAUGAGGUUACUGGCGGUGAAUAACAAGUCUAACAAAACAAACAGUGAAAAAAGACUUCUCUAUUUUUCUUAGUCACAUCAGGCUUCAAAAACAGCAUAGCAGUCUCAUGUACUGAUUAAAGAUAUGUAAGGCAUGGCUAAACAGUCAGUUACGUUGAGCAUGGAAUUGGCUAAAACUCAAUGUUACGAGUUCGAAUGUUUUGAGGAUGAUUAUUCACUGACUAUCAGCACGCAGGGAUGUCGGAUUAACCCAAGGAAGUUUAAUACCAAAGGAACAUAGCCUUUACAGAGCUUUAAAACACAGCACCCGCCAACACAAACUUGACUUGAGCUUAAGUCAAACUACAUAGCCUCUGCCAAUAAUAACAAACUCUCACUCGAACUUCAGAUAUCUUACGGCUUCCGCCAACUUGUAAACACAGAACUUGAAAACCGACCCUCGUCAUACUUGACUAAACACAGCAGUCCAGCUCGUGGGAAAAAACUGAGUUCGUCAAAAGAACUCGCUUGGAACUUGUAUACCGUUUGACAUAAGGUUCUAGAAAAUACUAAACAGGCGAAUAGUAGUAGCUUUUCGACAUAUUUAUGAUUUCAGUAACUGAUACAAAUCUGCUGACUCAUGCUGAAAUGUAAACAUGCCCUAAUUAAUUAUUUAUGAUAAUCCAAUACGUAGAGAACGUUCGAGAAAGUCACGCAACACAUGAAAGCGAUUUUACUACGUAACACUCAACAAUGACAAAAUGUUGCGCAGCAUUUUGUAACUUUAAAUUCAUCAUAAAACAGUUCGAAAGGAGGGCUCACUCGUGAAAUGUUUGAACUUGCACGCACAGUCUUGUCCCGAAACUAGUGUAUCAUUUCACAACUGUUUUCCAUAUCCCAAACUACCCUGGGUCACUGUAGCGCAAUCGGCAAAUCCCUCAACCAGGACGUAAUAAGCUAGGGCUUCUUACGCCCAGCCCUCAACAUAGAGUCUCCUUUGAUCUGACGGGUCACACAGGUGAGUCGGUUCAAACCCCGGGAAAGCCAAAAUAAUAAUUCUUUCUUCCUCGAAAAAGUUAAAGAAUAAAUCAAAGAAAUCGAAGUGAUCUCGAGAUAUCUCGAACUAAUUCGGCUCUCACUUCGUCAAAUAGCCGAAUAAAACCGAAAACCUGCAGACUUUGCGUGCCCAAUCUUGUCAAAAAAAGUCAACUUUGAUACAUUCCUGAGAGUCGCGAAUCCUUUACUUCGCGCCCCACCGAAGUAAUAACGAUUGCAUCACUUGCAUGUGCAUUCACGUGAUUACUGUGACAUCAGAGGGACUUUGAACUCAACACCAGGGCCUUCGACGCCACGUACCAUUUAUACAAUGCAUAAUAGUCGGUACAACACAGGAAUGUGAACAGAUCGAGGAAAAAACCGGCUAUACAGUUAAAAGAGUGCCACUGACCAAGAAUAGGUGGCGGGCUCCCUUUGCCGCCCGCAAUAACUAUAAACACUUUUAUAAAUGAAACUUUUUUUACCGGGAUAAUUCAGUGCUAAUGAGGGUACAGCAUAUUCAAUAAUCAUGAUUCAUGAUCACUUUCAUAAUUUUCCUCAACUGCAUCCUUAAUGACAUAGCCUGGGACCAGGCCACUCAGUAGGGGAAAAAGGCAAAAAACGGGGUGACAUAGGAAAAAUAUCACAUUGCUACAUGUAAUUUCUAUUUUAUUGUAAGUGAUUAUGCUUGCACCUUACUGUUACCAACCAAUUAGUUGUCAAAUGUGAUUAUGUACUACAACCAGUGCAAACACUCUCUUGCUGUAAUUCACUUAACAAUAAAUAUUUUUUCUUCAAUUACCAGCAUUUACUUGUUGUUUUCACUGCAGCAUUAUAUCCUACCAUUUCAUCCACUCACUACUAAUGACACACUUCACAAGUAAUUAAUAUUACAAAUUAAAGAUAAUUCCCUAUCACACCCAUUUUCUUUUACUAUAAUUACACAUGUAGGGGGGUCAAAUGGGGUGAACACGGGACCUAUGAAACAUUGGCUACCCUUCCUUAACAACACAACCCCAUUUAAAUCCCAGAAAAUCCUUUUUAAUGACAGAGCACUGGGUUGAAAUUUUAUACUCCAACCAAAAGGCGAUUAACUACAUUUCACCUUCCAGUAUUAGAGCCAGUGUUGAAACCCGCCCUCCCAAGUUACACAAUUUACUCCAGUUCUCUCCCCUUCCAUCCCUGACUUUUAUGGGCCUCCCCCCGAGCUCGGUGAAGUUCUGCGAUACACGUAUUUCUAGUAGUUCAAGAGUUUUGUGUGAGACAGAGCGUUUUCACUCAUAGGCCAGCAUCUAUGCUAAUUUAUUGGAAGAAAAGAAAUCGUUUACAUGAAGAAGAUUUCACCUCCCAGAGGAUUUUCUUGGUUCACCAAUAUGGCCGCCAUGACGUCAUGUCAAAAUGCUCAAUAAAAAGAGGCUAAGAUGUAUUUCGAAAUUCCUCUGAGCAUAGAUUUUUGUUAAAUUUCGCAACAACAACACAACAACAGAACAACGUAGCGUAGAGUAUUUCCAGAAAAAAUGAGAAUAAUGGCUGCAAUUCGAUUAAUAGCUAAGUAGAUUGAGACGUAAUUGUCACGCAAUAUUCAUUCCGAUCGCGAAAAAAUUAUAUCGUGUUAUAAUGUGUUUACAAUAAAGAUCAAUCCGUCCAAGAGUGAAAGAUAUGCCUACAAAAUUAUAGGGUCGAGCCACCUUAACGUACUUUUUUUAUUUUUUUUACUCAGGAGCCAGUGGCGGGGCCGAGACAGUAGAACAGUUUUUCGCCCGUCUGAGAAAAAAGUACAACUGGACUGACCAGGGCAAAAUGAAAGAGGUGGUGUCGGAACUACGUAAGAAUGAAAUCAAUACCGUCAAGGUUCUCAAGGAGUUAUGGGAAGAAGUCAAGGGCGAAAUUCCGCUAUCCAUUGGCAUGAAGAGAUGUUUGGAAGUUGAAAUCCAGAACGUUUGA